AUGGAUCUGGGACUCACAGGAACAUUACUUCUCGUCUCCUUUAUAACUCUCCUAUUUUACCUUGUAAUAUGGAGAGACAAAAAGAAACAAGGGAACUUGCCCCCGGGACCCACACCACUUCCCUUGUUGGGCAAUAUGUUGGAUCUUAACCCUUCAGAAGCUCCUCGCUCUAUGCUCCAGGUGAGAAUGGGUAUCAGCCUACAACAAGAGAUGUGAAUGCAUGGAAUAGCCUUCCAGUAGAGGUGGUAAAGACUAACAAAUCAGAUGAGUUGAUUGAUCUUAUUAUAGACACACUGCGAUCCAGUGAAUAUUUGAUAGAGUCCUAACCUCAACAUCUGAGGAAAGGGAUUUAGGGGAAAUUAUUUCUGAUGACUUAAAGGUAGGCAGAUAAUGUAAUAGAGCAGCAGGAAAUGCUAGCAGAAUGCUUGGUUGUAUAGGGAGAGGUAUUAGCAGUAGAAAGAGGGAAGUGCUCGUGCCAUUGUACAGAACACUGGUGAGACCUCACUUGGAGUAUUGUACACAGUACUGGAGACCGUAUCUUCAGAAGGAUAUUGAUACCUUAGAGAGGGUUCAGAGAAGGGCUACUAAACUGGUUCAUGGAUUACAGGAUAAAACUUACCAGGAAAGGUUAAAGGAUCUUAACAUGUAUAGCUUGGAGGAAAGACGAGACGGGGGGAUAUGAUAGAACCAUUUAAAUACAUAAAGGGAAUCAACACAGUAAAGGAGGAGACUAUAUUUAUAAGAAGAAAAAUUACCACAACAAGAGGACAUCGUCUUAAAUUAGAGGGGCAAAGGUUUAAAAGGUUUAAAAAUAAUAUCAGGAAGUAUUACUUUACUGAGAGGGUAGUGGAUGCAUGGAAUAGCCUUCCAGCUGAAGUGGUAGAGGUUAACACAGUAAAGGAGUUUAAGCAUGCGUGGGAUAGACAUAAGGCUAUCCUAACUAUAAGAUAAGGCCAGGGACCAAUGAAAGUAUUUAGAAAUUUGGGCAGACUAGAUGGGCCCAAUGGUUCUUAUCUGCCGUCACAUUCUAUGUUGCUAUCUUUUACUUGAACAUUCAUAUUUUGUAUAUUGAUGUUAAAGUUCAAAUAAGAAAAGCAACGUGGAAAAAUCAUUAAGGCAAUUUUGUUUAAUAACCAUUUCAAUCUUAUGAUUAUUUUUAACGGUAGCUGGUUAGCACUUCACAUAUUAGGAAUGGGGCAAGUCAUGCAUUUUUCAUGUGUAAUAUAAUCCUGGUCUAAAAACACAGAAGGAAAGAAUGAGCGUGACAGAGAGACAUACUGAAGGUUUACAGAGGUAAAGGACCGAUCUAGCGGAUCUAGUUCAUGAAAUUCUUAGAUUUAUGGAAUUAAAGUUUGUUAUUCAGCCCUGGGGCUCUUGUGAAAAAAAAGCGUGCACUGGAAGGAAACUCUGAUUAGCUAUUAAUAUAUCAGAUAUUAAAAAGACUUGUACACGGUGGAAAAUCUAUUGUCGGCGGAAUGACUUCAUCCAUAAAUAAAAAUAUUUUCAAGAUAGUUGAAAUCCGUGCAUAUGGUGGUUUGCCACAUUAGAAUUACAUCUACUGCAAAAGAUUUGAAAAAAACAAAUCAGACAAGCCAAAAGGGCCCAAAAAAUUGGCUAAUCAGUCUACUGCAAAUUAUAUACAUAUUAUAAUUGUGUGUAUAUUUUGCAGGCAAAUUUUUCCGCUUUUUCGUUCACAGAUCAAGUGAGAAAAAAUAAUUAAUAUAAGGAAAAAGAACAGAAGGCAAAUUAAACUAUAUUUAUAUAAAGUUAUUAAAUAUGUUAUAAAUCUAGAUUUAUUAAUUUUUUUCCUCUACAAUUUUUUCCCUUUAUUGAUCACUUUUCACUUGAUCUGGGAAUAAAAUCAUUAAUUUAGACUGUCCCCUAAUCCUCACUUUUUUUCCCCCAUCAAUCAUUUUUUUUUUAGUGCCACGGAUGGAACUCUGAACGACAAAUUAAAUGAAGAUGCUUGUCCACUGCCUAAGUCGCUUGUUUCAUGAGUCCAUUUGAAGGUUUGGAAAUUGGGAAUUUGGACGAUCACCCGAUUAGCCCAAAUUUGGACAAAUUGCAGUUUGUAACAAAAUGAUUCUCCAAGUUUAAUAUGGAUAAAAUAAAUAUCUGAGCAUUCAAAAUCAGAUUAUUUAUAUACCAACAUUAUGACAGAUUAUGUAUAUACCAACAUUAUGACAGAAUAAAAAAAUGAAAAGUGUAUACAUUAUGUAAUAUUAUGCAAUAUAUAUCGAUUAUAUAUGUGCAGCAAUUUACAAAGGAUUGCAAACACAUCUAGAUUUAUGGAGUUCAUUUUGGGAUGUGCUAGUUUUGGUUUUCUUUGCAGACAAUUUUUUUACUUUUGGGUAAGACAGGAGGUAUGUGUAGCGCCUAAAUAGUCCUUAUUUGGGGAUAUGUAACGACAAAAAGAAAAAAACAGAAGGAACUAAUAGUGUAGUAUAUUAAAACUAUAGUUAGGGGCAGGGCCUAGCUGUCAUGCAUCUGGAAAGAGCUCCUCCAGUAUCCUGAAAAAACCUGCUGUUUUAUCUGUCUCUCUGGUUCGAUCCAGCCAAACUGCAAGAGGGGUUAGCUUCCUAACCUACCUGACAAGCCAAGCAGUGAUUAGCAAGUUAUGGGAGCUUGCCUACCUCACCAUAACUAAUGUGGCCUGGUGUGCAACGUACAAGGGAGUGCUCUGAGGCAUCUAUCCUGCAAAGCCUCGUAUCCCCUCCUCCCCUUGGAUCCCGGUCCACACCCAAGGGACUACUGGGGCCCAACAAGACAGAGGAAUGAGGUCACCCACGCAGAGGAACCCUGCUCCAAAUUACCCAACAUGGACGGGACCACGUGUAUCUCUAACCUCAGAGAAGCAUGCCUUGACUUGAAGACCACCCCUUGGGGUGUCAUGUGACUCACUUUCUUUGUGUCUAGGACAUAUUUACCUGUUUGCUCACCUAGCCUGAUUGUUAAUCUUGUUUAUCCACCUUGUUUGGAGGUAGUGACACAAUGUUCUCCACUGUAUGUAUAUGCAUGGUGUUCAUUAUAUUAAUAUGUGCUCUUGUAUAUGUUGUCGUGGCAUUGCAAUCAUUUUUGUGUUAUCCUAUACACAACAAAAAUAAAGAAUUUAAAAAAAUAGAAUUACAAAAAUAAAAAUAAAAACUAUAGUUAGUAUAAAAUAAGAUACAAAAUGUGCACUCACACUUUUAUGGAGCUUCAAUGCAGCUCCAACUUAUGCGCCUAAGGAUAAAGUGCGUGCUCAUUCUUCGUAUGAUCGUGGUUGUAGGAGGUAUCCUCAUAGGAAUAAAAUAGAUAAAAUUCUUAGUAUAGUUUAGUGUAUUGAGCUUUGGAGCAGGGGUAGAUAUAAAUAUAAAAUGUGCACUAACAUGUAAUGGAGCUGUAAGUUUGGCUUAAAAUUUAGUGUGUGAAGUGGCAUGAUCCUCACUCAGGGAUAUACGUGUAGUCAAUCUUUUACGUGGAUAUAUAUAUGGAAAAGAACAAACUAAACCACAAUAGUGUACACUGUAAAUAUAAAGUGUAAUGCAUAAUAAAUAAUAAAUAAUAUUGUGCUUGUUACAUAUCCCCAAAGAAGGACUAUUUAGGCUCUACACAGGCCUCCUGUUUUACCCAGCUUUUAACCAGACAAGAGAGACUCCGCACCUGUUGUUUGAGCUUCCAUUGGACUGUAAUCAUCUUACAUAAGCGCUGAAUUAUAGUUGUGUGUUAUUUUUUACUUUUGCUUUCAAAACCUUAAAUAAUACAACUCAAACCUGUAUGUGCUUCCCUCCAAAGCUGAGUGAGAAGUACGGACCCGUGUACACACUUUAUUUUCUUGGUCAGCGUAUCGUAAUACUCAUCGGAUGUGACACUAUAAGAGAAGCUCUGGAAGGGCACGGCGAUGCAAUAAGCGACAGAGGGAGAAUAGACUUGAUUAGUAUUCUGUUUAAGGAAAGUGGUAAGAAUCAAAAAUAGCAUUUACCUGUAAAUCAUGUUAAGCAGAAAUUAAAACAAAAGAUUUAAAACAAUAUCAAGGUGAUAUAAAAAUAUAAAAUAGUACUUGUUAAUUACCGUGGAAGGAUGUGCAAUGGAGGCAAUUUACCUAUACCAUUAUCAAUAGAUUAUUAUUAUUAUUAGAUAUUCCAGUUAUUACAGACUCAGUGGUACUCAUGGCAUGCUAAUAGGGAGGUUACAUAUAGUUACAUUCUAUAGGAAUAGAGGAAGUGUUAUGUACUUACAUAGCUACAUGGGCUGAAAAAAAGACUUCAGUCCAUCAAGUUCUGCCUUUCACAAUUCUGUAUUACUGUUUGUGAUCCAAAAGUAGGAGAAAAGUCCAGUGUGAAGUAAUUUACAAUUUUUCUACAAAUUGGGGAAAAAUGUCCAUUGUGGAUCCAACUCUGCAGUCACAUUUAUUCUUCGCUCAACAAAAACAAACUUGUGUAUUUAGUACAAAAAAAGAUCAAACACUGGAAUUCAAGAUUGGAAAUAGGAACACAAGUCAUUGAUUUGGCUUUUAUUUGCUAAAGUCCGUUUCUAAGUCUAAUUAGAUAACAGGUGAAACGGGGACAGAUAACGGCGAGAACGGUGACCUUUGAAAUGAACAAAUAAUGAAAAUAAUAGAAUGACUAUUAAUUAAGAAAUUCACAAAAGUUUAGAACGAAACCAAAACAGCCUCAGUCUUCAUAAAUAUAUAAACAAAAGUAAUUAACUUAAUAAAAGCUAUCUAAAAAAAAUAUCAUAUUUUAAUCACAAUUUUGAUUGUCUUUAAUUAUGAUUGCAGGAGUUAUAAUGACAAAUGGAGAGACAUGGAAGACAAUGCGUCGGUUCUCUCUCAUGACUUUGAGGAAUUUCGGAAUGGGGAAGAGGAGCCUAGAGGAGAGAAUUCAAGAGGAAGCUCAGCUGCUUGCAGAAGAAUUUAGAAAGUGCAAAGGUUGGUGACACAAUUUUGUAAAAAAAAAUAAUUUAAUAAUAUCUAGCAGGAUUUUUUUUGGUUGAAUUCUACUAUAUAAAUCAGAAUGCUUCACUAAAUACCAAAGACAGACUGGCGUUGUGUAAUGAUGUAUUGUAAAUGGAGCCUUGCAGCCUCAAGCUUCUCUUGCAGAGCCCGUCUUGGAGAAGCAACAAAAAUCUGCAUAAAGGCACAUCAUUUAAAUCAAUACAUUUGCUAACACAAUAGUUACAUUAACUGUGUAUAUUUAAUUGAAGCUGACCAGCCACAUGUUUUGUGAGUUGCAGAGACUAUUUAGAUGUAAAUGUGGUAUUUACAUGUAGCAUUCACUAAAAUAUAGAAAUACACCUGUAACGGCACCACUGGCAUAAAAGGGGUUAAAGCCAUUUAGGAGAUAUUCCCUUUCCAGAUGCAAAGGCAGCUACUGAAUACACCAAUCCGCGGAACAGGAAAAACCAUACGAAAGGUUUACACUCCAAACUGCGGAACAGGAAAAAACAUGCAAAAGGUUUACACUUCAAACAGCCGAACAGGAAAUCCAUACGAAUAAUCCCCCCAAGUACGAGACGAGGCUCUGUAUUGAGGGUCAAGCAGGAAUCUGUUUAAUGGAAGCAAGCACUCACAAUUUAUACAAUUCCCCAGGCCAGAGGCACACCCCCUGGACCUGAUGGUACACAGGCCUACAAAGGACACAAACCAAUCAAAACAAUACAACAAUGUCUGACACUCCCAUUCAUUACAGCAAAAUCCUUCCCUCUGCCUGUGAUAUAAUUACUGAACACAAUGGGCUAAAGUAAUUAUCACAGCCAGGAAAAUACACAGUUUUACCCAAUAUUCAUAACUCUAAAAGUAUACAUCACAUUCACAUAAAACUUACAUUUUCAGAAUCAGCAUACUCUAAAUACAAACAUGCUCAAACAUCAUACAAUUCCCUUCAGUGGUUAAAAAGUUAGCUGGAAGUCCCUUUUUACCGACUGCAAGCAUGGCUUGGGUGUGGUAAGCCAAUUAUCUCCAGGUACAGAAAACAUCUCUAUUCACAACAGCAACAAUACACAAAAAUACAUAAUUCCUAUCAUACUGAACAGAACAGAUUCAACCUAUCCCCAGAUAGCUUGGAUCUGAGCGCUCAAUAUAUCCGAACAGCACUCAGAUCCCACGAACACAGUCAAAUCGCCAUGGGGUUUAAGUUUAGCAAGGGUUGAUAUAGAGAUUGAGGAGGGACAAAGCAGCCAGUAUAGACUGGUCUGGCAGUGUCCCUGGGACAACACACUGCUGGAGAACAAUGGGACAGGAGAAGGCAUAUUCUCCCAGGGAAUCGAAGGUGCAGAAUUGUGCCAGUUCCAAUUAAAGGGCCAGAACAGUCUUUUAAACACCAAUAAGUCCAAAUAGUGUUUUUAACUGGCAAAGUCUCCCAGGGGCCAUAGUCACAUGGCAAGAGGCCGGCAAUUAGUCUUCUCCAGUGCCCAGUGGAGAGGUUAGUUUCGUCACAACACCCUUCUUUAUCCUGUAACUGGACGCUGCCAUUUUACCUUCCUGACAUUCAUUGUUAUAAACUCUGUCCGUCAGUAUAAAGAGACAUACAGGGAGGAGGAGAAUGUGAGAUAUUUAUCAAAGUAUUCUGAAAAGUGACAUUCUGUCAAUAUUUUCAUUUUAUAGUGUGACUCAUAUAUUACCUGGUUAGAGCAGAGGUAACAUCACUGAAGUAAAACAGGGAAGGGGGGCGGGGCCAGAUCGCAGAGCGGAGCACACGCAAGUUACAACAGCUCCUGUAUUUUAACCCAAAUCUUGCCAAUUUUUACACAGUUAUGGCUGCAGCUCAACAUAUUUUGGCUGAUAACUGACAGGGGACUUCAUGACCUCCACGACGCUACUACACAAGUGGAUUUUCCAAUCAGUUUCACUCUGACAAAUCUUGGGGUCUAGAGGCAUGGUCGGCAUGGGGCAGACAGCCACUCUCCUGCCACCACAACUCAUUGCAGAUCCCAUCUUGGGCCCCCGUGCCCCCCCCUUUGGACCGGCAGGGGCUAUCCCUGUCCCCACCGACCUGGCACACACACUGCCAUUGGCUCCUGCUGCCCACUGUAGCUCAGGCUCAGAUUGUACUGGGCCCAGCUAAAGGUUGGCACAAACUGACCAUCAGUGUCUGCACCCAAGCUGUCCUUACUUACGCGACUGGACCUAAUAUUUAACCAAUUUUGGGAGAAACUGGAGCAGCGCACUAUUCAGCUACUUAUUAUUCAUGGAGAGGAGGCAGAGAGGACUGGGGAUAUGAGGCAGAACCUGCUCCCAUUACUCAAACCCUCCGAGGCAUCGACCACAACACCGGAAGACCAGCCGCUGCUGGCGACAGAUGAUCAUCAGGGCCCAUGCAGGGAGAAUCCUGGUCUCACAGUGCUCCUGAGUCUGUGGAAAAUGAAUGCCGACCUUACAGAGGCCUGGGGCUGGGCAGAGGCCUUUCUCUGCCCACGACUCACCAUCACUCUCCGGUGCCUUCAAGCACCCACUCUCAUUCUGCCCAGCAUGGGAUUCGGCUGACACUGUGUCCCAAGAACUGUGCCCAAUAUAACACCCAAAGAGAAUCUUGCUGCGGUGGUGGAGUACCAGCUAACCCACUCAAGUUGACUCUAACAUUUUGAUAUUCUUUUACACUAGCCUGUUUAGCAGUCAAUCACAUUAAGAGGCUAUUGUCCCACAAAUCCACUUAAAUUACAUUGCUUAAAUAAGGCUGCAUUAUAAUGAUUGGAACACCGGCAUGCACACCAUUUGCUCAGCAUACUAAUUUGCUGGCCCUCUGUGCAGUUUAUAUGCGUGUCAUCAUAGUCACUCUGGUAUUACCACAUGCUGCUAGUGACCACAACUCCUACUCCACAGGCCAUACUCCCUUGUGUAUCUAUAUCUUUUAUUUUCACUGUAAAUAUGUUUGUUCUGCAAAAUUGAAAAACAUGCAUUUAUAAGUAGAGGUGCUGCCAUAAUGACCAAAAUAUAUACAAAAUACAGAUUAAACAAACAGCUCAAAAAUAAACAAAUAUGGGGAAUCAUUUCCGCCAUAUGGCCAUAUUGUGUUAAGCCCACCACUAUAUCACAGUACCCCAAUAUCGAUGGGCCUGACACAAAUUUUAAAAUUAGAUAAUAAGAUGCUAACUGCAGCACUUACUGCUUAAACUGAUUACAGUUUAUAAUAGGUCUCUCCUUAAAUGUAUGCUUUCCUGUGGUCACCUUCAAAGGGGCACCUAUAGUGGAUCGGUGGGGUGCUCAGUUCAAAAAGAAUUUGGAUUCCAAAUAAACAUAGAAAAAUGGGGAAUUGGGGCCACACCCAGAACAUGCCUUUCUAAGUAAUGGUGCUUCCGUAAAGAUCAACUACCCUGGUUUGAACCCUGGUCAGUCAACUUUACCAGUAAGUGUCCUUGGGCACGACACUUAAUGAUAUACACUGCUCAAAAAAAUAAAGGGAACACUUAAACAACACAAUGUAACUCCAAGUUAAUCACACUUCUGUGAAAUCAAACUGUCCACUUAGGAAGCAACACUGAAUGACAAUCAAUUUCACAUGCUGUUGUGCAAAUGAGAUAGACAACAGGUAGAAAUCAUAGGCAAUUAGCAAGACACUCUCAAUAAAGGAGUGGUUCUGCAGGUGGUGACCACAGACCACUUCUCAGUUCCUAUACUUCCUGGCUGAUGUUUUGGUCACUUUUGAAUGCUGGCGGUGCUUUCACUCUAGUGGUAGCAUGAGACGGAGUCUACAACCCACACAAGUGGCUCAGGUAGUGCAGCUCAUCCACGAUGGCACAUCAAUGCGAGCUGUGGAAGAGAAGGUUUGCUGUGUCUGUCAGCUUAGUGUCCAGAGCAUGGAGGCGCUACCAGGAGACAGGCUAGUACAUCAGGAGAUGUGGAGGAGGUCGUAGGAGGUCGUAGGAGGUCGUUGGAGGGCAACAACCUAGCAGCAGAACCGCUACCACCGCAUUUGUGCAAGGAGGAACAGGUGGAGCACUGCCUGAGCCCUGCAAAAUGACGUCCAGCAGGCCACAAAUGUGCAUGUGUCUGCUCAAACGGUCAGAAACAGACUCUAUGAGGGUGGUAUCAGGGCCCGAUGUCCACAUGUGGGGGUUGUGCUUACAGCUCAACACCGUGCAGGACGUUUGGCAUUUGUCAGAGAACACCAAGAUCGGCAAAUUCGCCAAUGGCGCCCUGUGAUCUUCACAGAUGAAAGCAGGUUCACACUGAGGAUAUGUGACAGACGUGAUGGAGUCUGGAGACGCCGUGUAGAACGUUCUGCUGCCUGCAACAUCCUCCAGCCUGAGCGGUUUGGCAGUGAGUCAGUAAUGGUGUGGGGUGGCAUUUCUUUGGGGGACCGCACAGCCAUCCAUGUGCUCACCAGAGGUAGUUCAGCAGUUCCUGCAAGACGAAGGCAAUGAUGCUAUGGACUGUCCCGCCCGUUCCCCAGACCUGAAUCCAAUUGAGCACAUCUGGGACAUCAUGUCUCGCUCUAUCCACCAACAUCACAAGCACCCCAGACUGUCCAGGAGUUGGCAAAUGCUUUAGUCCAGGUCUGGGAGGAGAUCCCUCAUGAGACCAUCUGCCACCUCAUCAGGAGCAUGCACAGGCAUUGUAGGGAGGUCAUACAGGCACUUGGAGGCCACACACACUACUGAGCCUCAUUUUGACUUGUUUUAAGGACAUUACAUCAAAGUUGGAUCAGCCUGUAGUGUGUUUUUCCACUUUCAUUUUGGGUGUUACUCCAAAUCCAGACCUCCAUGGGUUGAAAAAUUUGAUUUCAAUGUUUUAAUUUUUGUGUGAUUUUGUUGUCAGCACAUUCAACUAUGUAAAGAACAAAGUAUUUCAGGAGAAUAUUUAAUUCAUUCAGAUCUAGGAUGUGUUAUUUUUGUGUUCCCUUUAUUUUUUUGAGCAGUGUAUAUCCACCUACCUCAACUCCUGAUAGAUUGCAAGCUUUUGCUGUGAAACAUGCUAUGUGCUAUAUAAAUGCUAAUAUUAUUAGUUAUUAAAAAAAAAAAUACUGCAAGUUUUCUAAGAAAUGUCAAUUUUAGAAGACCAGCAUAUUCAGAGCAGUUAAAAAAUGAGAAGUGAAACUGAACACUUGUCUGUAGAAAAAAUGUUGGGAAGUUUGAUAAAUCUGUGUCACUAAAAAAAAAAAGGCAAAUAUAAAAAAAAUGACAGUUCAGUCGCAAUAAAAGUAACAGAUUUCACACAUUGCAUCAAAAAUCUGUGACACUUUAAAAAAUCGAUAACAAGUACAUUAACGAAAAAAGACCCAGACACUGAAUGGGUACAAGAGUAAGGCUAAAACCUACUGGCUAAGAGACACAGUCUUUUAAAACUGGUUUUAAACUGCAAAACCCCCUGCUCUACCUUGGGAAGAGUGAUGGAAUAAAAUCCUUAGCCUUAGAAAGCAGCUAUAAACAGUAAGGGCUAUAGAUCGAUUGUCCUAAAUAACAAACUGCCAGGAAAAAUAGUAAAAAGGUAUCUCCACUAAACAACUGCUUUGGACCGAGUGGAAAUACAAGUCCUAGAGAGAGCUCUCGAUGUAGGUGUAAUAUAACUUGGAGGUAAAAAUGUGUAAGGGUGAAAGAGUAAAUGGUACCGGUAUUAAUUCCAUCAUUCUCAUAAUAGAUACUCCGUUUGACCCAGUCCAUCUGCUGGGACAAGCCGUGUCCAAUGUCAUCUGCACUGUGGUCUUUGGAGAAAGAUUUGACUACGAAGAUGAGAAUUUCAAAACCCUUCUAUCAAAUAUUAGAGAAAUCUUCAGACUGAUGAAUUCGAGGACCGGACAGGUGAUAUCUGUCCCAUUGGGGACAUUGGAAAACAGGUUGCUGUUAGUGAUAUGCAAAUGUUUAAUCAAAAAGUAAAACAGAUGACAAUCAGUGAUUUUAAAAAAAUAUUGUUGGGGACUGAGAUGAACUAACAGAAUGUACCCUAAAAAAGUAAUACAAAUGAAUUUACUUACUGUAUUGCACAACCUUUCUUAUGUCAUAUCUUCCCAAUAUAUUCUUCAGCAAAUGCAAAAAUAAAAGAUUUUUCUCCUCCUUCAUUUUCUUCUUAGUUUACAUAAUAUGCAAUUGUUUUGCAGAUCCUUCAAAUAUUCCCAAAUGUGCUCAGACACAUCCCUGGUCCACACCAGGGAUUCUUUGCCAAUUUUGACAAACUACGACAGUUUGUGAAGGGCAUGGUGCAAUCUCAUCGAGAGACACUGGACACAGAUUGCCCACGUGACUUCAUAGACAGCUUCCUGAUAAGGAUGGAGGAGGUAAUAUCAUAAAAUGCAUGAAUUGUGCAAAUCUAGGAAUAAUGAAACAAGUAAAUGCUUGACAAAAAGUUUGAACUGUGUUCCAGGAAAAAAAUAAUUGCAAUACAGAAUUUCAUGAGGAGAAUUUACUGGGAACAAUAAGAGAUUUGUUCUUUGCUGGGACAGAGACUUCAAGCGUGACUCUGCGAUAUGGAUUCCUAAUUCUUCUCAAGUAUCCAGAGAUACAAGGUAUGAUUAUCAAUUAAAUCCACUGCUUCUGAUAUGUAUAAAAAAACACUCUGUUCAUGGAACCAAAUGCUCAUCAGCCCACAAAGUGUUACCUCCACAGCCCGCAUAUAUACAGUGGGAAAAUCCACAUUGAAAAUAAAUUAAAUUGGUAAACCCUUACAAAUGUAGGAAUUAUAAAUAAACACUUGAAUUUUUUAUUUUAUACUUUUUUUCCUCUUGUUUUUUAAUUCAGAGAAAAUCCACCGGGAGAUUGACGAUAUAAUAGGUCUAGAUCGAUGCCCAUCAGUGGAAGACAGGAGUAAGAUGCCGUAUACUGAUGCUGUAAUUCAUGAAAUCCAACGAUUUGCUGACAUUAUCCCUCUUGUGCUGGCCCAUGCAACCACCAAAGACAUAACCUUCAAGGGAUACGAUAUUCAGAAGGUCUUCAAUUUCAAAUUGUUUUCAUAAAAAUAACAUGUAAACAUUUUAAACAUAGCUGGUAUAUACUGCUUUGUGUUUAUAUAUACAUAUACCAGAUGCCAAAUUACCAGAGUAUUGCACAUGAGCCGCGUGCGUCUCAAUCUCCUCUUCUGAGCGGGCCACGUGCACUGACUGAAAUGAGCGGUUACACGACCUGCCUGCCAUUAGGAGCGCGGCUCGUGUCACGUGCACGCUCUUAAAGGGGCAUUGAGGCCAAAAGUAGAAUCAUUAGAAAAAGGAAGAUGUGGUGGUAAUAUGGCGCUACAGUGUGCUGCUAAAACCACAGUGAAAUCAACCACACAAUUUCACAAAAAAGCAUAGAGCAGAAAAUAGAAUAUAAAGUGGAUAGCGCACUAGAAAACCAGAAGUGUAUACUAGAAUAUUUAUACACAAGUUGAGAAUAAAUAAAUGUAUAUACCAUAGAACAUACUAUAAAGGAGAUCUUUAUCCAGGUGCCUCUGAAAAGAAUAAAACUCAUAUAGGGCAAUAUUGUACAGGUAAAUAUCCCAAUUCUCAAAUAUGUAUAUACAAAUGGUUAAGUAUCCUACUCACAUUUUUAUGAGCCUGAAUUCAAACUGGCUCAAGUAUAUAGGCAUGAGUAGGAUAUAUAGAUCAAAUCCUUCAAUUGAUGUAUUCCUCCCCCAUAUAUAUGGGUAUUGAAGAGCAAAAAAAUGGAUAUUUGGAAAAAAAUCCAAACAUUUAUUACAAAGAUAAAUAGUAAAAUCUUACAUUCAAGAAGUAUAAAAUCAGCACAACGCAUUUCGGCUGGACGCCUUCCUCAGGUGCAUACAAGACAUAUUCCACUCACCCCCUCUUUUAAACCCCACAUUCGUAGCAAAAAUUAAUUAAACCCCGCCCACAUUCAUUGCGUUGCGUCACUUCCGGUGACCGGAACUUCCGGUUUCACUUGUUCUGUCUUUAUUUCUUUUCCACUACUUGUUACACCAGGAAGUGUCCCACUUGAUUAGGGUGUUCUCUUCUCUACAGUGUUCCAUACAGAUUCAUUUAAUCAAUGUUCUUUAAUCAUAAUACUGGAAGUAUUCCGGCGGCCAUUUUCGAAGUGGUAAAUAUGUAAUAUAUAGGUGGGCAAGUGAAACAUAGAUAAAAAUAAAAAUAAAUACAUAUAGAAUAUCAGUGUUAUGAAUGAAAUGUAAACAUAGAUCACAAUAUUAAUGAUAUUUACAAAAGACAUAUAUAUAUAUAUUAUAAAAAUAAGUGCAUACCCUCAACCAUUAUUAGAAAACUGAAGCACAAUUAAAUAUAAUUAAAAAUCUCAAAAAAGGGUUAAAAAACCAUGGGGGGGGGAGUGGGGGGUGAUUUUAUAAAGAUUUUUAAUAAAACAGAGAUGAGGUGGAUCUUUGAGCUAGACACACUGUCCCCUCUUGGAAUGAAUAUUGAUUUUGAGAUUUUUAAUUAUAUUUAAUUGUGCUUCAGUUUUCUAAUAAUGGUUGAUGGUAUGCACUUAUUUUUAUAAUAUAUAUAUAUAUGUCUUUUGUAAAUAUCAUUAAUAUUGUGAUCUAUGUUUACAUUUCAUUCAUAACACUGAUAUUCUAUAUGUAUUUCCUUUUAUUUUUAUCUAUGUUUCACUUGCCCACUUAUAUAUAUAUUACAUAUUUACCACUUAGAAAAAUGGCCGCCGAAUAUUUCCGGCAUUAUGUCUGAAGAACAUUGAUUAAAUGAAUCUGUAUGGAACAAUGUAGAGAAGAGACACUUCCUGUUGUAACAAGAAGGUGGAAGAGAAAUAAAGACGGAACAAGCAAACUGGAAGUUCCAGUCACCGGAAGUGACGCGACGCAAUUAAUGUGGGCGGGGUUUCAUUAAUUUUUGCCGCGAAUGUGGGGUUUAAAAGAGGGGGCCAGUGGAAUAUGUCUUGUAUGCACUUGAUGAAGGCGUCCAGCCGAAAUGCGUUGUGCUGAUUUUAUACUUCUUGAAUGUAAGAUUUUACUAUUUAUCUUUGUAAUAAAUGUUUGAAUUUUUUUCCAAAUAUCCAUUUUUUUGCUCUUAUAUACCCAUAUAUAUGGGGGAGGAAUACAUCAAUUGAAGGAUUUGAUCUAUAUAUCCUACUCAUGCCUAUAUACUUGAGCCUGUUUGAAUGCAGGCUCAUAAAAAUGUGAGUAGGAUACUUAACCAUUUGUAUAUACAUAUUUGAGAAUUGGGAUAUUUACCAGUACGAUAUUGCCCUAUAUGAGUUUUAUUCUUUUCAGAGGCACCUGGAUAAAGAUCUCCUUUAUAGUAUGUUCUAUGGUAUAUACAUUUAUUUAUUCUCAACUUGUGUAUAAAUAUUCUGGUACACACUUCUGGUUUUCCAGUGUGCUAUCCACCUCAUAUUCUAUUUUCUGCCAAACGUAGAAUCAGGCUGCCAUUGGCCCACAUCAUUCCGGUAUCCCCACAUACGCACGUUUUGGAGGCGUAAGCAUGACGUGGGCCAAUCAAAUGUUAGUUAAGGAUAUUUAAACUUUUCUAGCCAUAUCCACUUUGCCCUAUCGUGGUUUCUGUUUCAGUACCCUUUAGUGCAUUCCUUGAUCUAUUGUAUUUAUUUUGGUAUUGACCUUGGCUUUGUAUCUGACUCUGAGUUUAUCUUCAACCCUUUCCUGGCUUGUUUGCCCGUCUGACUGAUUACCGUGUACCUGACUGGCUAUUUCCUGUUUUUGUUGUCUCUCCAUUACCCUAAUCUCAGCUCGUCUCUGAUUACGGUUUAUCUCUGUCUGACGUUUAGUCCGGCCAUUCUAAGACCCGGUAUAAGUUUUAUCCUAGUCUUGUCCCUUCCUAUCCAAAACUCUGCGUGUUGGGGUAGUACACCGUGACAAUUUCAAAGACAUGCUUUCUUGAGUUUUCCUCUCUUGCUCAGUUCUGAAGCAGUAUAUAUAUAUAUAUAUAUAUAUAUAACAUUUUAUGCCUAUGACAGAAAAAAAAAUCAUUGUUUGUAAUCACCGAAGGGCAUAAAUAUGUUGUCCUUAUAUGACCCUUAAAACUCGUCAAUUGAAAUAGGGCAGUAAACUUGAUUAGGGAUUGACAUAUAAACAUUUUACAUUUUACAAUUUUACUAUGAUUGAAUGUCUGCACUUAAAUUUCAUUAAACUUAAAGGGACACUCCAGGCACCCAGGCCACUUCUGCCCAUUAGAGUGGUCUGGGUGCCAACUCCCACUACCUUUAACCCUGCAAAGGUUAAGUCCUCCUCUAGUGGCUGUCUAUCAUACAGCCACUAGAGGGACUUCUGUGUUCUUAGAACACGAAAAGUGUUUUAUAUGACGCUGGACGUCCUAACACUAUGUGAGCAUUAUUCAAUGCUUUCCCAUGGGGAUUUCCAGCGUCGCCGAAAUCCCCGUAGGAAAGCAUUAUUCAAUGCGCGUGCGCGGCCAUUGCUGCGCAUGCGCAUUAGGUCUCCCCGCCGGCUGACGUCGGCGGGGGUUGAGGGGGGGCGAGAGUAGGCGGAACCUGACCAGCGCCGAGGGACAUCGUCGCUGGACUCCGGUAAGUUACUGAAGGGGUUUCAACCCCUUCAGCAACUUAGGAUUUUGGGUGGGAGGGAGAGAGGCACUCCAGGGUCCUGCAGUGCCAGAAAAUCAAAUAUGUUUUCCUGGCACUGGAGAAUCCCUUUAAUUGUUUGUUGAAAUAAAACCCACUGACACUUUAUUUGAAUUGUUUUAGGGCACUGUGGUUUUGCUAGUUCUGACCUCUGUUCUGAAGGAUCCCAAAUACUUUAAAAACCCUCUACAAUUCGACCCUGGUCAUUUUCUGGAUGAGAAGGGCUGCUUUAAGAAGAAUGAUGCCUUCAUUCCAUUCUCUGCAGGUAAUAACAUUAUAUCGGAGAUUAAUAUUUAGAUUUAUGGAAUUUUAGAGAGUUCCAUCAGUAACUGACCUCUAUGUCUUUCUCCUUAAUCGUGUGCUCUCGCUGUCUUCAGGUAAACGUGCGUGUGUUGGGGAGGGUUUGGCUCGCAUGGAGCUUUUCCUCUUUUUCACGACCAUCUUGCAAAAUUUCAUCCUCAAACCAACAGUGGAUAAAGAAGACAUUGAAAUCACUCCUGAGCCAAACACCAACGCUUCAAGACCUCGUGCUUACCAAAUAUAUGCUGUCCCUCGUUCUGAAUCCUAAAUGACAUCCUCAAACACCAUAGCGACUCCUAAUUAAUUCUCUGUCUCCAUGUUAAUGAAAAAAAAUACAAUGUGACACAAGACUAAGAACAGCGACGAUUGUUACUAUGUCAUAUAAACGCAGUAGAGUUAUCUAUUGUCCCACGUGUACAUGUUACACUUCAUGUAAUGUCGGCCAACCACCAGCUUGUCUGUUAUUGUGAAACAACUGUGGAAGCUGUUUGCUCUCUUUGAAGAAUAAACAAUAAUAAUUCUGGGGAAUAGUCCUUGUGAACAGCUGGGCAUUGUCAAAAUCCAUUCUUAUGAUAAUUCCUCAUGAAUAAUAAAUAGGACUUAUAUCUCCAACCACUGAAAGCUCAGAUGGAUACCUUCUGACAAUUUAACUAAUAUUUGGCCAGUGUUUGUGACUAAGUGGCUACUAAGAAAGACUGGACUUACCCCACUUGCAAUACCCUGGGUUGUCUACUUUUGCAAAUGAUAUGCCAUCAUGGGGGUAAUUCUCAUUCCUGGGCUACCAUACGCUCUCAAAGGCAACAUAACCAAUCUGGCAAAUUUCAAUGUCAAAAAAAUGAAAUGCAAGCCUUAUAUGUGACUCUCUAACUUUCCAAAACACCAUAAAACCUGUACAUGGGGGGUACUGUUAUUCUCGGGAGACUUCACUAACCACAAAUAUUAGUGUUUUAAAACAGUAAAACAUAUUACAACAAUAAUAUAGUCGAUAAAAGUGCAGUUCGUUUGUAAAAAAUGCAAAAAACUUAACUUUUACUUAAAAUAUCAUUGUUGUAAUACAAUUUACCAGUUUGAAACACUAAUAUUUGAGUUCAGCGAAGUCUCCCGAGUAAAACAGUACCCCCUAUGUACAGGUUUUAUGGUGUCUUGGAGAGUUACAGGGUCAAAUAUAGUGCUUGCAAAUUAAAUUCUCUGCACUUUCUCCCUGUGUUGUCAGGCAUGUCAAUCAAAUUUUAAUUAGUCAAAUCACAUAAUUAUGUUAAAAUAUUACUUAAAUAUACAUGUAGAAGUUUAAUAUAUAUGCAUUUAUAGGUAUUUAAAUUCUACGUGUGUAUUAAUGUAAUCUUUUAUGUAAUUAUAUGUAUUUAUCUAUCUAUCUAUCUAUCUAUCUAUAUAUAUAUAUAUAUAUUUGCAGUUAUUUGUAUUUUAUAUAUAGAUGGAUAUAUAUAGAAUGUCAUUCUAAGUUUAUUUUGUUACCAAUAUAUAUAUAUAUAUAUAUAUAUAUAUAUAUAUAUAUAUAUAUAUAUAUAUAUAUAUAUAUAUAUUAAUAACAAAAUACAGUUAGAAUGAAAUUACAUAUGAAUAUAUAAUUUAUAUUAAAUUUUGUUUCAAUAUUUUAUUUAUUUAUUUUAUUAUUUAAUGUAUUUAUUAUUGUAAUUAUACGUAUAUAUAUAUAUAUAUAUAUAUAUAUAUAUAUAUAUAUAUAUAUAAUAUAAGUGUAUUUUAAUAUUAAUAUACAUACUUAUAUUAAUAUUAAAAUACACUUUGUAUGACGUUACAUAUAUAUAAUAUGUAUAUAUAUUAUAUAUAUAUAUAUAAUAUAUAUAUACAUAUAUUAGAUAUAUAUACAUUUCUAUUUCAUUUUAAAACAUGUUUAAUCAUUUUUGUUUACUUUCCCACCAGCAGGGGGACUGUCUGACAUUUAAGACAGUCCCCCUGCUGGCAGAUCCACAGCCAGCUCUAGAGGGCCAUGUGAUCGCUCUUCUUUUGCUGUGGGAGGGCUGCCUGGACUGUCAGGCAGCCCUCCAGAAGAGGAUCGCAGCGGAGGUGAGUAUCCCUGGCCUGCAGCCGUUACAGCGUUCUAUGCCGCCGCAACGGCUUUAAAGCACAUUUAAAUGGGGACAGCAUAGAACGACGUAACGGCGUUAAGGGGUUAACAGACAGCGAGUAAAUUCAGGCAAAAUCUGAUUUAAUUUUAACACCAAUGAUGGACAGCAAUUUUUGGGUCAAAAUAAACCUUAAUUAUCCGUCAUAUGUUCUGUGUCAUUGCUUAUUUUCUGUGUGUGUUACUUUGCAAAUGACUGAGAUACAUUCAAUCAAAGUUUUAACAAUCAGUUUAUCUUGCAUUUUUACUUUCUCCUGCAAAAAAAAUAAAUAAUAUGACCACUGCAAUCGAUUCUGAAAGUAACAUGUAAAGUCAGUAUUUAUAACAGUAUAUUAUAUAAUGACAAAAUGAUAAUGGUCCUUAAAAACAGGUAGUGAGAUAAAUGUAAAUUAUUACCAGAAAAAAAUACUUUAAAGAAAUGUUACAAGAACCAUAACUACUACAGUUCCACUGCAGGGCUUAUCUCCUUGCAAGAGCUUCAGGCAGCAGGGAGAUCAUGGUGGGUGUGUGUAGCAGACACCAGGAAAGCUGAUAGACCAUGGAAGGAGACAAAUCACAGACUUUUAUGUUAAGGAACCUACUUGCUUGUGUAUGUAAUAUAUGUUAAAAUGUCCGUGUGGCUCCCUUUAUAUAGGUGUUUACAUAUGCGAUUUUCAGACCAUGUGAGAAAUAUUAAAAAAAGGUUCAGAAACCCGUUUCCCUCCAUUUUAAAAAUACCCACAUCCAGAACGAAGAAGGACGUUUCUUUUGCGCAUUCAAAUGUUGCAAGAGACAGGAGAUUAGGGAAUUUUAAUAAAAAGUUAGGAAAGGAGAAGAUAGAGUUAAUUUUCAAUUUUAAUACUUUUAAUCCCCCCUGGACAUAAAUAAUGAUUUGUAUAUCUGCCAUUUUUAAAGUAAGGGAAAAGGGUUUCUCCUGCCUCCCCUCUUUUUUUUUUUUUUUUUUUUUUUUUUUUACUGAGGUGUUUUUCUAUUGGCAACUUUUAUAAGUUACAAUACCAAACAUGUUUUUGAAUUUUAACAAAAGUAAUAAUCACAUUUCUUUUUUUUUUUGUUUUCAUUCCCUUCUUUUAAAAUGUUCCUUCUUUCUACAGCUUUUUACAUUUUUCUUAUAUUUUCCAUCAUUGAUUAUUAUAAUCACAGCAUAUAAAAAUAAAUGAAUUACCGUAUAUACUCGUGUAUAAGUCGAUCUCAUGUAUAAGUCGAGUGCAGUUUUGUGACCAACAAUUGUGAAAUAUGCUAUGCCUCGUGGAUAAGUCGAGGGUAAAACUUGGGGCUAUGAAGUUGUGAUUUUUAUAAUUAUAUACACACACACACUCAUACAAACACACACACUGCAUUAUAUACACACACAUUCAUACAAACACACACUCUGCAUUAUACACACACACACUCAUACAAACAAUCUGCAUUAUAUACACACACUCAUACAAAAACACACUCUGCAUUAUAUACACACUCAUACAAACACACACUCUGCAUUAUAUAAUGCAGAGUGUGUGUGUUUGUGUGAAUGCAGAGUGUGUGUGUGUAUAUAAUGCAGAGUGUGUGUGUUUAAUGCAGAGUGUGUGUUUUUAUGAGUGUGUAUAUAAUGCAGUGUGUGUUUACACAAUGCAGUGUGUGUUUGUAUGAGUGUGUGUUUGUGUGUGAACUGGGUGGGGGAGGGCAUUUUUAAUUUUUUAAUUUUUUUUAUUUUAAUAUUUUAAUUUUUUUAUUUUGGUAUUAUUUUUUUAUUUUAUUAUUUACUUUUUUAAUUUUAAUAUUUACAUUUUUUUAUUGUAAUAUUUUUUUUUUUAUUAUUUCAUUUUUUUUCGGCCCCCCUCCCUGCUUGUUAGCUGGCCAGAGAGGGGGGCUCUCAUUCCCUGGUGGUCCAGUGGAUGGGCUGUGUAGGAGGGGGGCUGGCAGAGAGCUGUUACUUACCUUUCCUGCAGCUCCUGUCAGCUCCCUUCUCCUCCGAUCCGGUCCGCGCGGCAGUCACACCGCGAGACUUACAGUGGAGGAGAAGGGAGCUGACCGGAGCACAGGAGAAGGGAGCUGACCGGAGCGCAGGAGAAGGGAGCUGACCGGAGCACAGGAGAAGGGAGCUGACAGGAGCUGCAGGAAAGGUAAGUAACAGCUCUCUGCCAGCCCCCAACAGGACUGCCGGGCUUGUAAUGAGCCCGGCAGUCCUGGUCUGUAUUAUGGCAAUGUAAGUUGCCAUAAUACAGACGUUGACUCGAGUAUAAGUCGAGUGGUGGUUUUUCAGCACAAAUAAUGUGCUGAAAAACUAGACUUAUACUUGAGUAUAUAUGGUAAUUUAAAAAAAAAAACAGAAAAAAGAAAAAAAAAGAAAAAUCACCUAAGAUUCAUGAGUUACAUCUUGGUUAACCAUAAACCUAAAUGUUAUAAGAAUAUCUCUGUAAUAGUGUAUCUAUAAUAUGUUUUAUUUCCCUCUUUUCUUUUUCUUUUUUCUUUACCCCUCUCUUACUUUCACUUUUCUUUCCUAUCCUGUUCUUCUUCACUCUCCUUUCCAUCUUGUUCCCUGCUACCCAUUUUCCUUCAUUUUUGUUUUAUUUUUUUUCUUUAUAAUUGAGUUUUUGUUUAGAGCAGUGGUAGUCAACCUUUUUCUACCUACCGCCCACUAAUGCAUCUUUCUUGAUGGAAAAAUUUCCUUACCGCCCACCAGUUUUCGCGCAAGCGCGGAAUAUUUUUUAGAAAGGAGGUUGUUUUAAAAAAAAUAAAUAAAUGUACGUACAUUUAUCUUUUUAUUUCUACUUUAUGCAUGUUUAUAAUGUUUUUAACUUUAUAAAGUUUAAUUAGAAAACAAUAAAGUAAAUUGAAAUUAGCUUUACUAGUGAGAUCCUUGAGGCUGAUGCUACUAACACCAAAAACAAUGCUGUAUUAGGUGCCAAUUUUUAUUAAUGUCACCAUCAAAAGAAAUUCCUUUUCCUGCCUGCUUCUUUACCUUCCUUAUAGUAUAUCACUAUAUUAAGGAUCUCUUUUUCCUUUUUUUUAUUUUCUCCUUCCCUUACUUAUUUUUUUCUUUUAUUUUAUAAGAUAACAAAACUUAAUUUAUGAGCCAGACUAAACACUGCUUACUCUCCUCCUUUAUUUUAUCCCCUUUUUUCUAUUUUUCUUCCUUUUUUAAUUUUUUUUAUCUUUUCCUUUUUAUCUCCUUUCUUUUACCUUCCUGAGCGACAAAAGUAAGGCUGAGCUAGUUAGCCCACUUAUUAUUAUUAGCCAACAAUUCUCUUUCUCUCUUUGCCCUUAACUUUUCUUUUUCAACUCCUCUGCUCCGUUUCAGCCUGCUUCUGCCUGUCCCUGCUAUCAGUUUCCACUCCUCCCCUAAACAAUUCUCUUUCUCCUGCCUAUAACUUUUCUUUUUCAACUCCUCUGCUCUGCUUCAGCCUGCUUCUGCCUGUCCCUGCUAUCAGUUUCCACUCCUCCCCUAAACAAUUCUCUUUCUCCUGCCUAUAACUUUUCUUUUUCAACUCCUCUGCUCCGUUUCAGCCUGCUUCUGCCUGUCCCUGCUAUCAGUUUCCACUCCUCCCCUAAACAAUUCUCUUUCUCCUGCCUAUAACUUUUCUUUUUCAACUCCUCUGCUCUGUUUCAGCCUGCUUCUGCCUGUCCCUGCUAUCAGUUUCCACUCCUCCCCUAAACAGUUCUCUUUCUCCUGCCUAUAACUUUUCUUUUUCAACUCCUCUGCUCUGUUUCAGCCUGCUUCUGCCUGUCCCUGCUAUCAGUUUCCACUCCUCCCCUAAACAAUUCUCUUUCUCCUGCCUAUAACUUUUCUUUUUCAACUCCUCUGCUCCGUUUCAGCCUGCUUCUGCCUGUCCCUGCUAUCAGUUUCAACUCCUCCCCUUCCUCUUCCCACGUGUUUGCGUGCGCUCGCUCCCGCCCGACAACUUCUCACACAAAAGGAGGUUGACUGAUGUGUGCGCUCGCGCCCGCCUGCACCGCCCGCCCACUCGCUCGCGUUGGUUUCUUGAUGUGUGCGCUCGCUCGCGCGCCCGCUCGCUCGCGCGCCCGCCCGCUCGCGCGCUCGCUCAAAAGGAGGUUUUAACCUCCAAAGUCCCUACCGCCCACCUGGAAUCCCAAAACGCCCACUAGUGGGCGGUAGGGACCAGGUUGACGACCCAUGGUUUAGAGGUAAAUGGAUGAUUGUCUCAUUUUUGUGAAUUUUUUUUCUAUCCUUUUCCUCUAUUGUUUUUUGUUAUAUUCUUCGUCCUCCCUUUCAUUACCUUUUUUUCCCUUCUCUUCUCUUCUCUUUCCUUUUUUCUUUUUCCUUUCUUUCUCCUCUUUUCUUUUUUGUACUCGACUUCUCUGAGAUUUUACAAUAUUGAUCUAAAUUGUUCUCAUACAUAUCUUCCAUCUGUAGAUUCUGGUGCCAGAUUUUUUAGAAAACAUUGAUGGUAUUAUUCGCUGAGUGUAUUAUGUAUUCCAUUUUCUAAUAUUAUAUAUUGUUUCCUUAAUGGUUUCUAGAUUUUGGAACCAACCCUUCUUUCCAAUUUUUUGCAAUAAAAAAAGGAGGACAAUUUUUUAAAUCUGAAUGUGCAAGUGUCUGGAAAUAUUGAAAUAUUGAAAGUAGCGCUUCUUCUAUGUAUAAGCAGCUUUUAGGUACAGGUAGAUAUCCUCAACGGAGGUAUUUCGCCCUUGGGACAAUAAUAGUUACUAUCUUGCAUCUCCACCCUCUUGACAAAGCAGUUAGGGCCUCACCAGUCACUGCCAACUUAUCAUAUAUCUCUUUAGCCCUCACUGAGAGACCAAUACCCCACCACAAAAUUCAAUGGCAAACCUACCGUACGGGUCAAAUCAUCGGUAGAGCCUCUCAUCGCCACAUGGCAACGAGUUAGGUUCCCAAGUCACAUAUCUAGCUUAAUUGUUUUGCCACUUGGCUUAACAAGGGUCAGCCAGUACCUGCGUGUUAUAUCAUUAUGGCUAUAAUGUUGAUAAAUAUUAAAGUAUUGGUUAUGUAAUAAUAGUGGUAAACUAACUUUUGCCCUAUUUUUACAGGCCUACCUUAACGUCGGUUUCCCUCACACCAAAACCAACUUAUGCCACCACUACUAUAACUUGGAGUAUUGUUCCCGACCACAAAUAUAAAGGCUGAGACUGUGGGUGAAGCCUGGAAAUGUUGGAGGGGUUAGUUGACUUAUAAAUAUACAGGCCGUCCCUUCCUCUUUACUGUUACUGACUGGUUCAGCACACCUGCUUCUUUUGUCAGACCAUUGAAUUUGGUGGGCCCUCUUUUUACAGGCCUACCUGAACAUCUGUUUCUCACACACCACAACCGACUUAUGCCACCACUACUAUAACUCGACAUAUUGUCCCCAACCACAAAUUAUAUUAUCAUUAUUAUAGCACCAACAUAUUAUGCAUUGCUUUACAAUAUUAAAAGUGGAAAUAUAACAAUAGAUGAGACAACUGCAAAAUGUUACAGAAACUAUAGGCUGAUGGGGAUCCUCCUCAAAAUAGCUUACAAUCUAUUUCGCAAAUAUAAAAUAUACAGAUUUUUAAAAUAUUUUUCUCUCUACUGGUCUCUUCUCACUUGAUCAGAUAAUAAAAUCGGCACACUGUAAGGAUGCUGUGAAUGAUGCAAAAUUAGCGAUCGGCCGGUCUUGCGUCUUCUAGCGCUCCCCUAUUAAGCCCAAUCAAAAUAUAAUAUAAAUUACUUAAAUCCCUGCACUUCUUUUCCCAGACACUCAGCUGUGGUUCUUGCUUAGCCCAAUAGUGCAUUUGUGAGAAUUCUGAUUUUCUGAUAACUGACAAUGAUGUGAUUAUCAAUUAUAUCGUUCUCUGUAAUCACGGGUGGUGACCGUUUACUCUGAUUUGUCCUAUAGCUGGCCUUGGCUACCUCAAUAACCAUUAAACCUCUGUAACAUCUGGCAAUAUGGACUAUAGCACUGUCUGUUUUAUAUUAGGGUCUGUGUGUUUUGGGUCCCUUACAUAUAUUGCAGCCUUCUCCUCUCUAUGUCCUGUCUGCAUGUUGUAUGCAUGCACUGUGUCUGUAUCUGUGUAUGGAAAAAGGCCUCAUAUUACGGAUCUUUUCACUAGAUAGGCUUAAAUGUAUAGACAGAAAAAAAAUCACAUUUCAUGUAUUUCUCUAAGCAACCAAUAGGUGGGUAUCUCACUGCAGUUCUCACACAAAGCAUUUCUGUAAACAUGUAAAACUGCUUACAGCUGCCAAGUUUCAAGGGUUACAAUACUGAGGACAACCCUGUUUAGGAUCACAGGGAGGAAGAGAAUUGCCUGAACAUUUAUUGUUGCUGCAAUGGAUCUGGGACUCACAGGGACAUUACUUCUCGUCUCCUUUAUCACGCUCCUGUUUUACCUUGUAAUAUGGAGAGACAAAAAGAAACAAGGGAACCUGCCCCCGGGUCCCACACCACUUCCCUUGUUGGGGAACAUGCUGCAACUUAACCCAGUGGAAACUCCUCGCUCUGUGCUCCAGGUGGGUAUCAGUCUACAGCAGUGGUAGUCAACCUUUUUCUACCUACCGCCCACUAAUGCAUCUUUCUUGAUGGAAAAAUUUCCUUACCGCCCACCAGUUUUCGCGCAAGCGCGGAAUAUUUUUUAGAAAGGAGGUUGUUUUAAAAAAAAUAAAUAAAUGUACGUACAUUUAUCUUUUUAUUUCUACUUUAUGCAUGUUUAUAAUGUUUUUAACUUUAUAAAGUUUAAUUAGAAAACAAUAAAGUAAAUUGAAAUUAGCUUUACUAGUGAGAUCCUUGAGGCUGAUGCUGCAAGACUAAAUAUUUGAUAUCUGGUUCGAUUUUCGUAUGGAACAAACGAAGGUCUCCUCUUUCGGUGAUAUUCAGACGGUUUCUCUGUUUGCUCAUAAUAUGAUUAACAGCACUAAAGCCUGAUUCUACAAGAUAUGUGGUAGGGAAAGGUAUCAAUAAAUUGAACAUCAUUUUCCACAUAUUUGGAUAUAACGCAGGCAUUUUUUUAUUUUGCCAGAGUUUUUGGUAUCCACCACUGCCAAAAUUACAUUUACUCUCUUCGUCAUAUUUAAGUUCUAAUAGUUCUUCUUGGCAAGUUAUAUCAACUUCAGCAACAUUUGCUGUAAAAGGAUUUAUCAUCCAGUCAUGCACCUUUAAGUUCAAAAUAUCUUGAAAUCGUUUUUCCAUAUCCAAUUUGAGUUCCUUGAGGUGACUACUGAACCUUUCAAUAUCCCCCGGACUUACAUCAUUGUUUAUAGAGGACAAUUCAGGAAACUGAUGAAAUUCUCUCUUGAAAAUAUUAUGACGGAGAAGAUCAAGCUUUUCGAUAAAUAAUGACACAAUAUUUUUGCAACUUAUAAGAGUUAUAUUGGCUCCUUGAAGCUGCAAAUUAAUGUCAUUAAAUCUCUUGAAAAUGUCUGCCAAAUAAAAGGCAUCAUUCUUUACGUUUUUUAACUGUUCAUAGAGACCAGUCUCAUUAUCACUUUCAAAAAACUGUACGACACUAUCAAAUAAUGCAACAAAACGAGUCAAGCAUGUACCCUUUGAGAGCCAUCGAACUUCUGUAUGUAAAAGUAACCUAAUAAACUGCUCGUUAUUGUCCUGGCACAGCUGUCGAAACAUUCUAUCACACUUGGCAUUAGAUUUUAUCUUAUUUACAGCUUUAAUUAUAAUACUUAAUGAUGAAUGGAGACUUGUACUUAAAUGUUUUCCUACAAUAUGUUGUCUGUGUACAACACAAUGAAUACACAAAACGCUUGGCACUUCUUCCUUCAAGUAAGCAACAAACCCACGAUAGCGGCCUACCAUUGAUGGUGCUCCGUCAGUAGCACAUGCAACAAUAUUGUUCAAGGGUAUAUUGUUUUUUGCAAAGUAUGAUUUCACAGCAUUAAAUAUUGAUAAUCCUUUUGUAUCUGUAAUCAGAUUGACAGUGAAUAGCAUUUCUUCUUGCAAUGUAUUGUUUUCAUCAAGGUACCGUACAUAUGUCAUCAGUAGAGCAUUAUUAUCUGCAAUGACAGACUCAUCCAAUUGUAUAGAAAAUGACGAAUUUUGGAGAAUACCUAUAAGUUUAUUUUCAACAUUAGCCGCCAUUUCAUCAAUGCGUCUCUUUACUGUGUUAUCGCUAAGGGGCAAUGUUUUUAAAACUUCAGGUAUAUCCUGAUGCAUUACUGUUGAGAUAAAUUCUUUGAUAGAGGGUUUUAUCAAAGUUUCUCCAAUAUUAUGGCUUUUACCACUUUUUGCAAUUAAGUGUGAUAUACGAUAAGCUGCAGUUAAUCCAUCCUCAUUCUUUGCAUGUUGUUUUUGAAAGGAUGUAGCUAUUGUUGAACGAUUUUGAAAUCUUUUAUAGAUUUCUUGAAAAUAUUCAAUGGGCUUAUCUUUAUCUUGCGAAUGCUUUGUAGUAAGAUGUUCUCGCAAUCGACUUGGCUUCAUUGCUUCAUUAGAUAAUGUCUUGUGGCACAGUAAACACAUUGGAAGCUGUUUAUUUGUAACAGAUUCAAUGAAACCCAUCUUCAGAUACUCUGGUAAAUAGCCACGAGCGUAUUUCUUUUUUUCAGACAUGGGUUCUAAAUUUGUUUCACAAUUUAACAACUACUUUUACUCUUACGUUUUGAUCUGCACUCCACACAGUGCUUUUUUCCCUCCUCUUUUCCCUUUUAUUACUAACACCAAAAACAAUGCUGUAUUAGGUGCCAAUUUUUAUUAAUGUCACCAUCAAAAGAAAUUCCUUUUCCUGCCUGCUUCUUUACCUUCCUUAUAGUAUAUCACUAUAUUAAGGAUCUCUUUUUCCUUUUUUUUAUUUUCUCCUUCCCUUACUUAUUUUUUUCUUUUAUUUUAUAAGAUAACAAAACUUAAUUUAUGAGCCAGACUAAACACUGCUUACUCUCCUCCUUUAUUUUAUCCCCUUUUUUCUAUUUUUCUUCCUUUUUUUUAUCUUUUCCUUUUUAUCUCCUUUCUUUUACCUUCCUGAGCGACAAAAGUAAGGCUGAGCUAGUUAGCCCACUUAUUAUUAUUAGCCAACAAUUCUCUUUCUCUCUUUGCCCUUAACUUUUCUUUUUCAACUCCUCUGCUCCGUUUCAGCCUGCUUCUGCCUGUCCCUGCUAUCAGUUUCCACUCCUCCCCUAAACAUUCCUCUUUCUCCUGCCUAUAACUUUUCUUUUUCAACUCCUCUGCUCUGUUUCAGCCUGCUUCUGCCUGUCCCUGCUAUCAGUUUCCACUCCUCCCCUAAACAAUUCUCUUUCUCCUGCCUAUAACUUUUCUUUUUCAACUCCUCUGCUCUGUUUCAGCCUGCUUCUGCCUGUCCCUGCUAUCAGUUUCCACUCCUCCCCUAAACACUUCUCUUUCUCCUGCCUAUAACUUUUCUUUUUCAACUCCUCUGCUCUGUUUCAGCCUGCUUCUGCCUGUCCCUGCUAUCAGUUUCCACUCCUCCCCUAAACAAUUCUCUUUCUCCUGCCUAUAACUUUUCUUUUUCAACUCCUCUGCUCCGUUUCAACCUGCUUCUGCCUGUCCCUGCUAUCAGUUUCCACUCCUCCCCUAAACAAUUCUCUUUCUCCUGCCUAUAACUUUUCUUUUUCAGCUCCUCUGCUCUGUUUCAGCCUGCUUCUGCCUGUCCCUGCUAUCAGUUUCCACUCCUCCCCUAAACAAUUCUCUUUCUCCUGCCUAUAACUUUUCUUUUUCAACUCCUCUGCUCUGUUUCAGCCUGCUUCUGCCUGUCCCUGCUAUCAGUUUCCACUCCUCCCCUAAACAAUUCUCUUUCUCCUGCCUAUAACUUUUCUUUUUCAACUCCUCUGCUCCGUUUCAGCCUGCUUCUGCCUGUCCCUGCUAUCCGUUUCAACUCCUCCCCUUCCUCUUCCCACGUGUUUGCGUGCGCUCGCUCCCGCCCGACAACUUCUCACACAAAAGGAGGUUGACUGAUGUGUGCGCUCGCGCCCGCCUGCACCGCCCGCCCACUCGCUCGCGUUGGUUUCUUGAUGUGUGCGCUCGCUCGCGCGCCCGCUCGCUCGCGCGCCCGCCCGCUCGCGCGCUCGCUCAAAAGGAGGUUUUAACCUCCAAAGUCCCUACCGCCCACCUGGAAUCCCAAAACGCCCACUAGUGGGCGGUAGGGACCAGGUUGACGACCCAUGGUCUACAGCAAGAGGUGUGAAUGCAUGGAAUAGGAUUCCAGUAGAGGUGGUAAACAAUAACAAACCAGAAGUGAUAAAGUUACAAAGUAGCUGCUGGGAUUACGUGGGGUUAGAUGAAGAGAUAUGUUAAUAAAGUGCAAAAUAACUAGAAGGAAUCUGUAAAGUAAAUUGACAGGUGUACGAAUAUCUCUUAAUCGCUCAUAUUAGAUCUAUUUAAACACCUUGACUUACCCCAUGUUACAAAUACAAUGUGCAAAUGGUAAUGUGCUAUUUUAACACAAUAUUUAUAAUAUGUGUAUGUCAAAUAUUUCCUUGUAUCUUGUUUUUCAACAUCACAGUACAAGAUAAUGCAUCUUGGAUGUAAAAACCCAAGGGCAGAGUACAGAAUAUUUGAUAGAGUCCUAACCUCAACAUAUGAGGAAAGAGAUUUAGGGGUGAUUAUUUCUGAUGACUUAAAGGUAGGCAGACAAUGUAAUAGAGCAGCAGGAAAUGCUAGCAGAAUGCUUGGUUGUAUAGGGAGACGUAUUAGCAGUAGAAAGAGGGAAGUGCUCAUGCCAUUGUAAAGAACACUGGUGAGACCUCACUUGGAGUAUUGUACACAGUACUGGAGACCGUAUCUUCAGAAGGAUAUUGGUACUUUAGAGAGAGUUCAGAGAAAGGCUACUAAACUGGUUCAUGGAUUGCAGGAUAAAACUUACCAGGAAAGGUUAAAGGAUCUUAACAUGUAUAGCUUGGAGGAAAGACGAGACAGGGGGGAUAUGAUAGAAAUAUUUAAAUAUAUAAAGGGAAUCAACACAUUAAAGGAGGAGACUAUAUUUAAAAGAAGAAAAACUACCACAACAAGAGGACAUAGUCUUAAAUUAGAGGGACAAAAGGUUUAAAAAUAAUAUCAGGAAGUAUUACUUUACUGAGAGGGUAGUGGAUGCAUGGAAUAGCCUUCCAGCUGAAGUGGUAGAGGUUAACACAGUAAAGGAGUUUAAGCAUGCAUGGGAUAGGCAUAAGGCUAUCCUACAUAUAAGAUAAGGCCAGGGACUAAUGAAAGUAUUUAGAAAAUUGGGCAGACUAGAUGGGCCGAAUGGUUCUUAUCUGCAAUCACGUUCUUUGUUACUGUCUUUCACUUGAACAAUCACAUUUUGUAUAUUGAUGUUAAAGUCCAGAUAAGAAAAGCAACGUGGAACAAUAAUUAAGGCAAUUUUGUUUUAUAACAUCCAUUUCAAUCUUAUGAUUAUUUUUAGCACUAUUGGUUAGCAUUUCACUCUGUGUGUUCACAUAUUAGGAAUGGGGCAAUUAAUGCAUUUUUCAUGUUAAUUAUAACCCUGGUCUAAAAAACACAGAUAGAAAGAAUGUGAGUGACAGACAGACGUACAGAAGGACAGAUCUAGCAGAUCCAGGUUAUGGAAUUCUUAGAUUUAUAGAAUGAAAGUUUGUCAUUUGGCCCUGGGGCACUUCUGCCUAAAAUAAAAAACAAAAAGAAACUCUGAUUAGCUAUUAAUAUAUCAAAUAUUAAGAAGACUUUUGCACUGCGGAAAAAAUAUUCUAAGCUGAAUUACUUCAUCCACCCAAAAAAACAAAUUUCGGGACGGUCGAUGGUUCCGUGCAUGUGAUGGUUUGGUUCAUUAGAAUUUCGUCUACUAAAAAAGAUUUAGUAAAAAAAUCAGACAAACAAAAAGGGCACAAACAUGGGCAAACUAGUCUACUCCAAAUUAUAUACUGUGACGGAACGCCUGCCACCCCGACUGGGUGCCUCCGUCAAAAGAUGCUCCUAGUGCUCGCCAAGGACCAUCAGCAACGCACUCAACAACACAACCACCACCAACCCCACGAACCGCCGUAGCUUGGUUGGGGUUUCUGCGUCCUCCACCCACUCUGGACCCAAGACCAGGGUUCAGCUCCCAGUGGGUAGACCUCUCUUAGAUCCAGAGAGCAGGAACCAGGAACAAGCUCUUACAAGAGCUUAAACUCAGGGGAGUAUUGUGAUAUAGCAAUCCACAGAGUGUAGUUAUCCCAUCCCCCAAACAUGAGCCAAGACUUCAUGAAGGGGUAAAGCAGUUCUGUUUAAUGGAAGCAAGCACUCACAAUUUAUACAAUUCCCCAGGCCAGAGGCACAUACCCUGGACCUGAUGGUACACAGACAUACAAAGGACACAAACCAAUCAAAACAAUACAACAAUGUCUGACACUCCCAUUCAUUACAGCAAAAUCCUCCCCUCUGCCUGUGAUAUAAUUACUGAACACAAUGGGCUAACGUAAUAAUCACAGGCAGGAUAAUAUACAGUUUUACACAAUAUUCAUAACUGAAAAAGCAUACAUCACAUUAACAUAAAACUUACAUAUUCUGAACCAGCAUACGCAGUAUACAAACAUAUGUCAAAAUCAUACAAAUUGGUCCAGUGGUUCAAAAGUUAGAUGGAAGUCAUUUUUGACCGACUGUAAGCAUGACUUGGGUGUGGUAAGCCAAUUAUCUCCAGGUACAGAAAAUAUCUCUAUUCACAACAACAGCAAAAAUACACAAAUAUACAUAAUUCCUAUCAUACUGAACAGAGCCCACACAUUCAACCUAUCCCCAGAUAGCUUGGAUCUGAGCGCUCAAUAUAUCCGAACAGCACUCAGAUCCCACGAACACAGUCAAAUCGCCAUGGGGUAAAGUUUUAUAAGGGCCAUACACCCCAGGGCCAUAGUCAUGAGGCAGAAGGCUGGCAAUCAGGCUCCUCCAAAAGCCUGGGGCAAAGGGCAGUUGGUCACAAAAAAAUCCAGUGACAAAAGGCAUUUUGUCACAUAUACAAUUAUAGUUAUGUAUAUAUUUUACAGUUAACUAAUAGGCAGAUUUUCCCUCUUUUUGGUUCACAGAUAAAGUGAGAAAAAGUAACUAAUAGAGGGAAAAAGAAGAGGAACAGAAAUAAAUACAUACUUAUAUAUAGUUAUUAAAUAUAUUAACCCCUUAAUAACCGCUGACGGUUCAGGACCAUCAUCGGAAACAUCCCCUUGAGGACCAAUGACGGUCCUGAACCGUCAUAAUGGUAAUAUUUACUUACCUGGUCGCCGCUGUUCCCCAGCCGACAGUAGUUGCUCCCAGUCUGUAAGGACUGCCUAACAGCCCAGGCAGUCCCCGUGGCCAUGUGAUCGCUCUAACAGAGCGGUCACAUGGCCACAGUAGGCAUCCAUGUAUCUCCCUGCAUGUUUAAAAUUUUAAAAAAUUGUAAAUAAAUAAAAAUAUAGCUAUAUAUGUGUGUGUAUAUAUCUUAUAUAUAUAAUGUCAUACUAAGUGUAUUUUUAUAUUCAUGUAUACAUAUAUUAAUAUAAAAAUACACUUAUAAUUAAAUUACACACGUAUAUACAUAAUAUAUAAUUACAUAUAUGAGAAAAUAAGGGUUUGGCUGCACUCAUCUACACAUGCUAAAUUAGGGUGCUGCUGGGGGGCAAUAAGUAUAUAUAUAUAUAUUAUGAAAUACAAAUAUUAAGUAAAUGAAAAAAAUAUUUAAUAACAAUACAUUUUAUAUAUAUAUAUAUAUAUAUAUAUAUAUAUGUCAUUUAUUCUAACUGUUUUUUAAUAUUAAUAUAUAUAUAUAUAUAUUAUGAAAUACAAAUAUUAAGUAAAUGAAAAUAAUUAAAUAACAUUUUAUAUAUAUAUAUAUAUGUAAUUUAUUCUAACUGUAUUUUGAUAUUAAUAUAUAUAUAUAUUAUGAAAUACAAUAUUAAGUAAAUUAAUUUUUUUAAAUAAUAAUACAUUAUAUAUAUAUAUAUAAUUUAUUCUAACUGUAUUUUGAUAUAUAUAUAUAUAUAUCCUGACUAAUAUUCAUGGCAGCCUUUACUUAUGGGUUAGAUCCUCCCCUUACAGCAGAAAGGACAGGAAAUAGAACUCUGACACUGGUAUAAAUAGAUCCUCCCCCUUCCCAUCCGGCAGUCUUUUUUCCUGUCCUUCACAGCAGUUUGGAAGGUGUCUGCUUAUGCAGGCCUAGAUUUUUUCUUUUAUGCUCAGCAGGCAAUAUUUUUUAGGCCCUGUCGGGGUUCAGCCGCUAAACCCUGAAGACCCAGCAAAACGCACUAAGAUGAAGUGGCUAGCCUGGGUACCCCCUUUAGAGACCGGGGGUCGGACCCAACAUCUCCCUGAAAGGGAUGAAAAUGGUCCACUGCAUGCCAGGCUCAGCCUCUUAUCCCUGAAGUCCCAGCAACAGGCCAGGUUGGGUACCCCCUCAGGGGAUGUAUGUGAUAUACUACCUACAUGAAGCGAGGCCAGGGUUCAGCCUAUUGCCCCUGAAGACCCAGCAAACAGCAUACCGGUAAGAGUUGCCAGCCUGGGUUCCUACUUCAGCAACCAGGGGUCUGUCCUAUCUCUCUCGGAAGUGAUGACAGUAGUCCACUGCAUACAUGAGGCCCAGUUGAGUCUAAGCCCUUAUCUUCCCUCCUGUCAGCCGCUCUCCUCAGACUGCGCCCGGGCGGGCAAAGCUGCAGCCGCGUGAGGCUCUCUACAGAGCGCUUGGGCGGCUGCAGAAUGAGGGGGGCCGGCGCUCCUGGCGGUGCCCCUUCCCAAGGGGCGCCCUAGGCGGCUGCCUAGUCCGCCUAACAGGUAGCGCCGGCCCUGCCUACUGUGGAUUUUCUAUUUCAGUUUUUUAAAUGAAGUAAAUAAGGAAACAUACUGCUUUUGGCUUUGUAUUAGAUUCCUUUUCCCACAGGUGUUUCGGGAUAAGCAAUUAACACAUUUUACCACUUCAGAUAGAUUGCAGGUGUUACUGAACCUGUCUGAGUUCCUCUCCCAGGAGAGAAGGAGACCUGAAUUUCCAAAGUGGAGCAUGGUAAUGUUUAACAGAAUCAAUGCUUUUUUGUGUGCACAUCUAUGUAAUUAGAUAUGAGACCAUUCUACAAAAGUUUUUCUAUUGCCAGGCAUCCUCUCCCCUCUGUUCAAGAUAGGGAAUGUUUUUGUUUCAAUUGGUGGCAGUGUUUUACCUUCAGAUAUAUGCUGAUUACUGAUGCACAGCUUAGUAGAUCAUACUGGUUGCAGGAGCACAAAUUGGGCUAUUAAUUGAUCUCAUAAAUAGGUAACGCUGAAGCCAUUACCUGAUUUAAAAGCUGUUAAUAUUGGUUUUUCUUUCACCUGCUCAUAACCUUUUAUUCUUUAAAUCUGAAUUCAUUUCCUUAAAGCAUACAUUUUAUAUUCAGUAUUCUCUUUAAUCCUUUGGGGACCUUAAAGUUUGGCAAUCCCUUUAGUAUAUGUCAGGGGUGGCAUGCUUUUGGUUCUUAAGGGGUUAAUGAUCAGAAACUUCUGACCGAUUCCCCUGUUGUGAAGGGGAACAUUAUAAUUUCCUUUCUGCAAUAAAGGUAUUCUUUUAGGCUCAUAUGCUCCAGGUAACUUUGAUGCUGUGUAUUGCAAGUAUUUUAAGGUCUUUCCAGUCCCCAGACCAUUCUACCAGGUUUACUAUUUCAGGUAACAUUCACCUGCUACCUGAACAAUAGAGGAAAUCCCUAAACAGGUAGUUCCAUUACGGACCUCUUCUGAUAUUCAUGGGGAUUCUUCUAGGUGUCCUUAUAUCUGGAAUUUGCAACCAAUGUGUGGCUUUAAAUGGUUGAUUCAUCCUGCAUAAUAUAAUGUAAUGCAGCUUGUUGAUGACAAACAUUUGACUGAUAUGUUUUACAGGGUCUCUGUACCUAGAUCUGUAUAAGUUAUGGUCACUCCUAACAUUGCGUUGAUUUAAUACUUGUGGAUUAUAUGUUUGGAUUGGUGUUGAUAUCUUGCAGAUAUAACAAGCUGCUUAUUAUCACCAUAGACUCUGCCAUAGUACUUCUUCACUAUCUGAAGAUAAGGUAAGAGUAAGUAUGUGGUUGUUGUUCUCAUAAGGAUAACUGAAUAUCUUCUACUAUCCUGCUUAUUAUGUGUCGGUUGCCACAAUGGAUCAUGUGCCUCUGGUUACCACCUUCCCAUCAGUAUCUUGCCUAUUAUAUAUCUCUUACUUAUGUUGCACAACAGUCUCUAAUAAAUGUGAUCAUACUGUUUGGCAUAAUCUGUACUAUUUACAAAUGUAGGUACUGGCGUGGUUGGCCUCCUUAUAAUUUAGUAGUUGCCACAAAUUCUAUGGUUCAUACCGAUAUUAAUUUUGUUCCUCAACUAAUCUGUGUACGAUUCUUCUUGCCUUUGCCUAGUAAUGUUAUUAGUUUAUUCCUCUCCUGUGACUGAUCAUUGCUGUGACUGAUCAAUUCAUCCACUGUGUGAGGUAUUUUUGUGAAUCUUAAUUUUGCAACAUCGGGUCAUUGUUGCAAUGUUUUAAUAACAGACUCUUAUUUCUCUACUAGGCUGUGCCUCUUUCUGACAGGCAGAUAUUGAUUUGUUUCCUGUAUCUACAGGUAAGUAGUUCACUAGGCAAGAGGAAGCGGUGUGAAUCGUCUUUAAUAAAUACAUCCAGUAAGUAGUAGGGUUCUCAGUGUAAUUCUCCCUGUGUUUAAUAGUAUGGUGUGUCCGUUCUCAUCCAACAUUAUCUGCUUGUUCCAGUAUGAUCUCUGGAAGGUAUGCCUUUGUCAAGGUUCUGAUUUGAUGAUAUCAAUUUGGUUUUACAUUUUAUAUCAGAAUGACAUUAUCCUUCUCUAGCUUAUGCUAUCAUGGCUCUAAUUCCUAUCUGACUCUCUAUAUUAAUUCAGGAUAUUUCAGAUAUUGAAUGCCAGGAGGUUGCUGACCUUGCAGCCUCUAGGGAAAAUUAUCAUGUCUGAGCAGAUUUUAUGACAAUUUCCUCUUGAUUCUUGUUUGGCUUUGUAAAGUCUUCUAAGAUUUAUACAGCUCAAUAAUGGUUUUAUAGCUAUUAGCUGUUUUUGAACUCUGUCCCUCCCUCGAUACAUACUGCUUGGGUAUUCCCCAUGAGUAAAUGUUGCCAUGAAUAAUGGUCAGGAAAAAGGAAAAUUGUUUCAUACUUACCGUAAUUUUCUUUUCCUGAUAAUUAUUCAUGGCAGCAUUACGCUCCCACCCAUAUACUAUAGGAGUUGUGAAGCUAGUUACUAAGACUGCCUGAUGGGAAGGGGGAGGAUCUAUUUAUACCAACCUCAGAGUUCUAUUUCCUGUCCUUUCUGCCGUGAGGGGAGGAGCUAACCCAUGAGUAAAUGCUGCCAUGAAUAAUUAUCAGGAAAAGAAAACGGUAAGUAUGGAACAAUUUUCCACUAUAUAUAUAUCAAAAUACACUUAGAAUGAAAUUUAAUAUAUAUAACUAGGUAUAUAUAAAUAAAAAAGUAAUGUGAAAUAUAUAUAUAUAUCCAUAUACAAAAUUACAUAAAUAAUUUCAUAAAUAUACACGUAGACUUCAAAUAUAUAAAUAUGUAUUUAUAUUUAAAUUCUACGUGCAUAUUUAUGUAAUAUUUUUACAUAAUUAAGUAAUUUUAUUGAUUGCAAUUUGAGGGACCCGCAUGACAACCCAGGCCGAAAGUCCAGAGAAUUUAAUUUGCUAGCACUAUAUUUAACCCUGUAACUAUCCAUGACACCCUAAAACCUGUACAUGGGGGGUACUGUUUUUCUCUGGAGACUUCGCUGAACUCAAAUAUUAGUGUUUCAAAACAGUAAAACAUAUCACAGUGAUGACAUUGUCAAUGAAAGUAACUUUUUUUGCAUUUUCACAAACAAACAGCACUUUCACUGAUGAUAUAAUUGUUGUGAUAUGUUUUACUGUUUGAAACACAAAUAUUUGUGUUCAGCAAAGUCUCCAGAGUAAAACAGUACCCCCCAUGUGCAGAUUUUAUAGCGUUUUUAAAUGUUACAGGGUUAAAUAGAAGGGUCACAUUUUUUUUCACAUUGAAAAUGGCCAGGUUAGUUAUGUUGCUUUUGAGAGCGUAUGGUUCAGGAAUGAUGAUGGCAUUUGUAAAAGAAGGUAUUGCAAAUGGGGUAUGUUUAGUCUUUUUAGUAGCCACUUAGUCACAAACACUGGCCAAAAUUAGCGUUCAUAAUAGUUUUUUUUCAUUUUAACACACAAACAAAUAUAAAUGCUAACUGUGGCCACUGUUUGUGACUAAGUGGCUACUAAAAAUGACUGGACAUAUCUCAUAUUGAAUACUCUGGGUUGUCUACUUUAAAAAAAAUCUGUACAUGUGAGGUGUGAUUCAGAGAUUUAUGACAGAUAACAGUGUUACAAUGGAGUUUGCUUGAAAGUAGGCUAUUUAAAGUAGUCUUUGAAGUAGGAGUUAAAAUAACAGGAGUUUGUUGGAGAACUUGUGGACUGUGGUUGGUAUUAGUUAAUACCAAGUGAAAAAAGCAGUUUACUUUUUUUUUUUUAAAUUAAAACUUUUUUCCAUCUAUUUUAUAGAUAUUUUUCAUCUUUGAUUUUAUUUAUAACUUGUCCCCUUUUUUUAUAUAUAUAUUUCUCUUUGCUGUUUUAUUGUAAACUUUUUCCCUUUUCUUAUAUAUAUUUUUUUAUUUCUUUGCUGUUUUUUUCAAAUUUCUUGUAACUUUUCCCCUUUUCUUAUCUCUCUCUCUCUCUCUCUCUCUCUCUCUCUCUCUCUCUCUCUCUCUCUCUCUCUCUCUCUCUCUCUCUCUAUUUGCUGGGUUUAUUUAAACUUUGUCCCCUCCCCCCCCCCAUAUUUUCUCCUUGCUGGUUUUAUUUAAAACGUUUUCAUUCUUUUUUUCCCUCUCUUGGUGUUUCUAUUCCCCUCCUUGUGGGUGCUGCGGCUGCUGAGCUAAUUAGGGGGAGUGCCCCUUAAUUUCCACCUGUGUGGGAUUUGUAUUGCCAAUAUAAACCCACUACUGACUCUUGCUCACUGGAGUUUGCUUGAAAGUAGGCUAAAGUCUCUUUUAAGUAGGAUUUAAAACAACAGGAGUUUCAACUAUAAGUGAGUUUAAACCAAGAGGGUAAAUAUUGUUUUUGCUCACUUGUGUUUUUUGUAACUGGGGAUGAGUGCUAAUAAGAUUGUGAGUUUAACUCAGUGCACAUCAUGCUGCAUGUAUGCAUGCCCGGAUGAUUCUGUUCAGGGUCCAUAUCUCUGUGGUGGGUGUGAGCGAGUGGCAUUUCUGGAAGCUCAGAUUAGAGAUCUGGAGAGGCAAAUUGUAACACUGAGGGAGAUUGACAAUCUUGAGAGGAGUCUGCUGCUCACUGAGCAGAGUUUAGUGGAUGCAGGUAGUGGAGUGGGAGGAGGUGAGACAGUUGGAAAGCAGGCACAUAGCUGAGUAACAGGGGGGCGAGGAAGCAGAGGGGGAGGGAAGAGGAAAGGUUUAGCUAGUCCUGAUCUCAUGCAGCCUAACAGAUUUGCCUGUUUGAGUGUUGGGAGCAUCAGCUCAGGAGUAGCUGUACUGCAGGAAGCUGUUCCUUCUAACAGCCAUGGGAACAGCCCCUCUAAUACGGGUUGGGUGAAAGGGUAAGGAAGUCUAGACAGGUUGUGGUGGUAGGGGACUCUGUUAUUAAGAGAGUAGAUAGGGUAAGCUGCCACUCUGAUUGACUCAACCGGACAGUUUGCUGUCUCCCGGGUGCUAAGGUCCGGCAUGUUGCCAACAGAGUGGAGGGAUUAUUGGGAGGGGCUGGGGUUGACCCAGCUGUCAUGGUCCAGAGGAAAAUGGAAGGUCCUAAAGAAUGAGUUCAGGGAACUAGGAAGUAAGCUAAAGAAAAGAACCUCCAAGGUAAUUUUUUCAGAUAUAUUACCUGUGCCACACGCUAUAGCAGAAAGGCAGCGGCAGAUUAGAGAGGUCAAUGCGUGGCUAAAGUCUUGGUGCAGGAAAGAGGGUUUUGGGUUUUUAGAGCACUGGGACGAUUUUGCGCUUGGGUACAACCUGUAUAGCCGUGAUGGAUUGCACCUAAACGGAAAAGGAUCUGCUGUGCUGGGGGAUAGGAUGGCUAGAAGGUUGGAGGAGAUUUUAAACUAGUAGUAGGGGGGAGGGUCAAAGCAAUCUAGAAAAUGGAGAUAGGAUAGAAAGGAGAUUGGCUUUAGCUCAGAACAAUCGGGGUGGAGAUGGGGAGUCAAAUCUUAGGCAUGUGGAGUGUGACAAGGAAAAUGUGGAAGCUUUAUGGGUAGAUAUCUGCUUGGGGCAAUCAAAGGGAAAUCAAUUAUUGGUUGGGAUAUGUUAUAAACCACCUAAUAUAAAUAUUAAUGAGAAAGAAUAGCUGUUAGAGCAAAUUGGGAAAGUUGCAAAUCGUGGUAACACGUUAAUUAUUGGAAAUUUUAAUUGCCUGGACAUAAAUUGGGAUAGAGGGACUAGUACUUCAGCAAGGAGAAUCAGGUUUUUGAAUGUGUUAAAUGACACCUUUAUGUCACAACUGGUAAAAGCACCAACUAAAAAGGAUGCUUGUCUGGAUCUUGUUAUAACAAACAAUGUUGAUUUUUUUUAUACCAACAUUCAAGUAGCGGAGCAUUUGGGAAAUAGUGAUCACAAUAUGGUAACUUUCGAAAUAAACUCAAAAAAUCAAAAGCACAUGGGGUAUACUAAAAUGUAUAAUUUAAAAAAAGCCAAUUUCAAUAAGAUAAGAGCAGCUCUACAACAUAUCGACUGGCAUAAACUCCUUAGUGAUAAAAACACUGAGGAUAAAUGGAAACUAUUCAAACAAAUAUUAGAAAGGUACAUUUCUCAGUAAGUACCAUUGGGUAAUAAAUAUAAAAGAAACAAAUUGAAACAAAUGUGGUUUAGUAGAGAAGUAAAACAAGAGAUUAAAAAUAAGAAAAGGGCAUUUAAAGCAUUUAAAUCGGACAAAUCAGAGGCAUCCUAUAUAAGAUAUAAGGAAGCCAAUAAUGCUUGCAAGAAGGCAAUUAAAGUGGCUAAACUAAAAAAAUGAGAAAUUGAUAGCCAAAGAAUGCAAAACCAACCCCAAUUUUUUUUAAAGUACAUCAAUUCUAAAAAAACAAAAAAUUUAAUUGCAGGUACACUGGAAACAGAGAUGGGGCAGAAUUUUGAAAUAACUAUAUACAACUUCCACCUAAAUACCCGUGGAAAAAUAAAAUUAACUUAACUUUUGGAUACUUGCUUCCCUCAAGUUACCUACCAAAUUGGUAACUGUAUAUAAUAUAUUAUAGAAUACAAAUAAUAUAGGGAUCCAGCCUGUAUCACUAAAACAUAAACAUAAAAUACCUACAUAGUGUGAUAUUGUUAUAGCUUUAUUAAUUGCUCAAUGCUUGAAGGUUACACUCAGAUUGAUGGUGUAAGUAAAGCCUUCAGUGUGCCUCCCCUAUGGUCAUGGGGGUGUGUCCUGUUGUUGGUAAUCUCGCCAAUCUGGAAAUCAGAAAAUCCACACACUCCAAUUGGUUGGAUGUAGAAAAAGGAUCAAUUUAUUGGCAUAAAAUAUAAUAAUAUUAAAAAACGGUCCUACGCAUUUCGUUCCCUUUAGGAAACUUCCUCAGGGACCAGAGUUAAAAUACAUGGAAACAGAGAUGGGUUUGUUAGCUAAUAAAGACCAGGAAAAAAUUAUAAUUUUUCUUCAGUAUAUAUUAAUGAGGAUCCUAUGGCAAGAGAUAUGCAAAUGUUUGCUGCAAAAAACUUGCAGAUAACUUGUGAUUGGAUAACUCGAGACAAGGUGCUAAAGCUGUUAAAGAAAAUUAAUGUAAAUAAAGCUCUGGGGCCUGAUGGUAUUCACCCACGAGUACUUAAUGAGCUAAGUGGGGAAAUAAGUGAACCUCUGUAUUUAAUUUUUCAAGAUUUUUUUGUCACAGGUAUUGUACCGGAGGAUUGGAGGAAGGCAGAUGUUUUCCCUAUAUUUAAAAAGGGUUCAAAAUCCUUGCCUGGAAAUUAUAGACCUGUGAGCUUAACUUCUGUGACUGGGAAAAUAUUUGAACGGCUAUUAAUGGAUAAUAUUCAGGAAUUCAUUGGGAAGAACUUUGUUAUUAGCAAUAAUCAGCAUGUUUUUGUGAAACAUAGGUCAUGUCAAACUAACCAAAUUGCAUUCUAUGAAGAAGUAAGUAGAAGUGUAGAUCAGGGUGUUGCAGUGGAUGUGAGCUACUUGGAUUUUGCCAAGACAUUUGAUACGGUUCCUCACAAUAGGUAGUCUUCAAACUAAAAGAAAUUGGUCUAGAUGAAUAUUCUUGUUGUUGGGUAGAACAUUGGCGUAAGGAUAGAGUACAACGAGUUGUCAUCAAUUGUAAAUUUUCAGGCUGUUUUGGGACUGCUUCUAUUUAAAAUAUUUAUAAAUGAUCUUGAAAUAGGCAUUGAAAGCCAUGUAUCAGUGUUUGCAGAUGACACAAAACUUUGUAAAGUAAUAAAAUGUGAGCAGGAUAUUGCUUUGCUGCAGAGGGAUUUGGAUAGAUUGGGGGACUGGGCACUAAAAUGGCAGAUGAAAUUCAACGCAGAGAAAUGCAAAGUUAUGCACUUAGGGGUUAAGAAUGCACAAGCAAUUUACACCCUAAAUGGUAGUGAACUAGGGAUAACCACAAACGAGAAGGAUUUUGGAAUUGUUAUAGACAACAAAUUAGGCAGCAAUAUGCAAUAUCAAUCUGCAGUUGCUAAGGCCAGUAAGGUUUUGUCAUGUAUAAAUAGGGGCAUACAUUCUUGGCAUGAAAAUAUAAUUUUGCCUCUUUAUAAAUCGCUGGUAAGACCACACCUUGAAUAUGCUGGGCAAUUUGGGCACCUGUUCAAAAGAAAGAUAUCAUGGCACUAGUAAAAAUGCAGAGACAAGGUACAAAAUUGAUAAAAGGAAUGGAGCAUUUUAGUUACGAAGAAAGGUUAAAAAAAUUAAAUCUGUUUAGUUUGGAAAAACGGCGCCUGAGAGGGGAUAUGAUAACUUUAUACAAAUAUAUUCGGGGCCAGUACAAACCUUUAUCUGGAAAUCUAUUCAUAAACAGGGCUAUACAUAGGACACGAGGUCACACAUUUAGGCUGGAAGAAAGGAGAUUUCAUCUAAGGCAAAGAAAAGGUUUUUACAGUAAGAGCAAUAAGGAUAUGGAAUUCUCUGCCUGAAGAGGUGGUUUUAUCAGAGUCCAUGCAAAUGGUUAAACAGCAAUUGGAUAAAUACUUGCAAAAACAUAACAUAUAGGGAUAUCAUUUCUAAUUAGUAGGGUAAUAGUUGCUUGAUCCAAGGAGACAUCUGACUGCUAUUAUGGGGUCAAGAAGGAAUGUUUACCUAGUUUGUUGCAAAAUUGGAAGCGCUUCAGACUAGGUUUUUUUUUGCCUUCUUUUGGAUCAAAAGCAAAAAAAUAUGUGAGGAAGGCUGAACUUGAUGGACGCAAGUCUCUUUUCAGUUAUGUAACUAUGUAACCAUGUAACUAUUGAUACAUUUUUAAAAUAUAUAUUUUGGAACAUCAAUCAUCUACUUGUACUUACAGUCAUAUAUCUUGCAAAACAGCAUGUAAACACUGGUGUUUUUAAACUCAGGACAAAAUCUAAAUCUAAAAUUUUGAUUCUAUUUAGCAGUUUUUUUUCAUUAGGUUUUGUAGAUAAGUAAAAGAUUUUUCAAGUAAAAGUCAAAAAAAUCUUUUUUUAUCCAUUUUGUCACCAUAUUUCAUUAUUUUUUUAAAGUAAAUUAUAUAACAUGAUACAAAUAAUGGUAUGUAAAGAAAGCAAUAUAUAAUUUGUACGGAAACAGUAAAUGAGGGAGAGGAAAAUUACAGCUAAACACAAGCACCACAAAAGUGUUAAAACAACUUAGGUCCUUAACGUACAACAUGGCCAAAACAGUCCGGUCCUGAAGGGGUUAAAAAUAAAAACAUUUUUUACCUCUACCAAUGUUUUCCUUUUAUUGGUCACUUUUCACUUGAUCCGUGAAUAAAAUCAUUAAUUCAGUUACUGCCCCUUAACUAUCAAUCACUUUUUUCCCAUCAAUAAUUUGUUUUUAGUGUCACGCAUGGAACCCUGAAGCACAAAUCCAGCAAACGUGCUUGUCUGUGCGCAAGUCGCUUGUUUCACGAGUCUAUAGUUCUGGCAGAAAUGUUGAAAUUGUGGCAUAUUCAAAAUAUGACUGAUCAUGCAAAAAAUGAUUUUAUUGAAGGAUAGUGAUCACAUGAAGCCAUUUACUAUCACAUAGUUGUUUGGUUCUUUUUAAAAUCAUAAUAACAGAAAUCACCCAAAGGGCCCUGAUCAAAAGUUUAAAUACCCUUGAAAGUUUGGCCUUGUUACAGACACACAAGGUAACACACCCAGGAUAAAAUGACAAUUAAAUGGUAAUUUCCCACACCUGUCGCUUUUUAAAUUGCAAUUAGUUUCUGUUAGCUCUCACAUGGAUGCACUGAGCAGGCUAGAUACUGAGCCAUAGGGAGCAGAAAAGAACUGUCAAAAGACCUGCAUAACAAGGAAAUAGAACUUUGUAAAGAUGAAAAAUGAUAUUAAAAGACAUCCAAAGCUUUGAAAAUGCCAGUCAGUACUGUUCAAUCACUUAUUGAGAAGUGGAAAAUUCUGAGAUCUCUUGAAACCAAGCCAAGGUCAGGUAGACCAAGAAAGAGUUCAGCCACAAUUGCCAGAAGAAUUGUUCGGGAUACAAAGAAAAACCCACAAGUAACCUCAUGAGACAUACAGGCUGCUCUGGAAAAAGAAGGUGUGAUUGUUUCAAGGAGCACAAUACGAUGAUACAAAUAUGAGCUGCAUGGUCAAGUUGCCAGAAAGAAGCUUUUACUGCACCAAUGCCACAAACAAGCCGGGCUACAAUAUGCCCAUCAACACCUUGAAGAAUAGUGGUGGCUCACUGAUGUUUGGGGUGGGGGUGUGAGCUCUAAAGGCAUGGGGAAUCUUGUGAAAAUUAAAUGGCAAUAUGAAUGUAGUAUGUUAUCAGAAAAUACUGGCAGACAAUUUGCAUUCUUCUGCAUGAAGGCUGCACAUGGGACGCUCUUGGACUUUCCAAUGACCCUUAGCACAAGGCCAAGUUGACCCUCCAGUGGUAACAGCAGAAAAGGGUGAAGGUUCUGGAGUGGCCAUCACAGUCUCCUGACCUUAAUAUCAUCGAACCACUGUGGGGAGAGCUCAAAUGUGCGGUUCAUACAAGACGACCAAUGACUUUGCAGGAACUGGAGGCAUUUUGCCAAGACUAAUGGGCAGCUAUAACACUUGCAAGAAUUAGGGGCAUCAUAGACAACUAUUAGAAAAAAACGCAUGCUGUCAUUGAUGCUAAAAGGGGCAAUACACAGUAUUAAGAAAUAGGGGUAUGCAACUUUUGAACAGGGGUUAUUUUAUUUUUUUCUUUGUUGCCAUGUUUUUUAAUUUUUUUUAUUGUGCCAUUCUGUUAUAACUUACAUAUGAAUAUGAAUCCCAUAAGAAAUAAAAGAAAAUUGUUUUGCCUGCUCAUUCAUGUUUUCUUUAAAAAUGGUGCAUGUAUUACCAAUUCUCCAAGGGUAUGCAAACUUUUGAGCACAACUGUAUAUGGGGGUUUGGAAACUGGAAAUAUAUCACCUCACAUCUAUAUAUUUGGAAUUAAUUUAGGAAUGUGCUACUUCUGGUUUUAUACAAAGACAAUUUGUUUUACUUUUGCUUUCAGAACCUCAGACCCAAAUCUGCUUUUUUUUUCACAGUUGAGUGAGAAGUACGGACCUGUGUAUACACUCCAUAUGAUUGGUCAGCCUGUCGUAAUAAUCAUCGGAUACGAGACUGUAAAAGAAGCUCUGGAAGAGAACGGCGAUGCAUUAAGCGACAGGGGGAAUAUAGACGUGAUUAAUAUUCUGUUUAAGGAAAGUGGUAAGAAAUUAGCAUUUACCUGUAAAUCAUGUUUGGCAGAAAAAAAAUAAAAAAAAACAACAUCAAGGUGAUAUAAAAAUAUAUAAUAGUACUUCUUAAUUACCGUGGAAGGAUGUGCGACGGAGGCAAUUUACCCAUACCAUUAUCAAUAGAUUAUUAUUAUUAUUAUUAUUAGAUAUUCCAGCUAUUACAGACUCAAUGGCACUCAUGGUAUGCUAAUAGUGUAGAGGGAGGUACCUUGUAGCAUAUAUUUACCAUCUAUAGGAAUAUACACAUCUCUAAUGGAAGUGUUAUGUACUUACAUAGUUAUAUAGGCUGAAAAGAAGACUUCAGUCCAUCAAGUUCUGCCUUUUACAAUUCUGUAUUACUGUUCGUGAUCCAAAAGUAGGAGAAAAUCCCAGCUUGAAGUGAUUUAUAAUUUUGCUUCAAAUUAUGAAAAAAGUCCAUAGUGAAUCCAAAAUGGCGGUCACAUUUCUUCUUGGCUCAACAAACAAAUUUUUCUAUCUCAAUUUAGAUGUUUUUAAACUUAACUGAAGAUGUCUUUAAUUAUGAUUGCAGGAAUUAUAAUGACAAAUGGAGAGACAUGGAAGUCAAUGCGUCGAUUCUCUCUCAUGACUUUGAGGAAUUUCGGAAUGGGGAAGAGGAGCAUUGAGGAGAGAAUUCAAGAGGAGGCUCAACUGCUUUCAGAAGAAUUUAGAAAGUGCAAAGGUUGGUGACAACAUUAAACAAAUAAUAAAAAUUUAAUAAUAUCUAGCAGGUUUUUUUUUUUUUAUUGAAUUCUACUAUAUAAAUCAGAAUGCUUCACUAUAUUCCAAACACAGACUGGCAUUGUGGAAUGAUGUACUGUAAGUGGAUUGAUGUUCUUGCAGCCUCUUGCUUCUCUUGCAGAACCCGUCUUGGAGAAGCAGCAAAAAUCACAUAGUUUGAAUAGAUGUAUUUGCUAACAUGAUAGUUACAUUAAUUGUGUAUAUUUAAUUGAAGCUGACCAGCCACAUGUUUUGUGUGUUGCAGAGACUCUUUAGAUGUAAAUGUGGUAUCUACAUGUUGCAUUAACUUAAAUGUAGGAGUACACAUCUACUUAUCCUGUAACUGAACACCAACACCAUUAAUUGUUAUAAGCUCUGUCCGUUACAGAGAGGAGGAGAAUGUAGAAAAUGUAUGUAACGGAGCUUCCUGUAACCCGGUUGGGUACCUCCACCGACGGGUGAACCUCUCUUCCUCCAGAGAGCCAAGUAGGAAUAGCUUUUACAAGAGCUCAGGGAAUCCAAUGGAGUAUAGUGAUUAUAGCAAUCCAUUGUAGUUAUAUAGCAGUUCCCCCCAAUAAGAGACACGACUCUAGAUUGAGGGUGAAGUAAGUCUGUUAAGUGGAAGCCACAGCUGGCCUUUUAUGCACGUCCCCAAACAAGGUAUAUACCCACAUUGAUCUUGUGGGCGACAGGGACACAAAGCUUACAAACCAAUUAGAACAGUAAUUAAAUGUACAACACUCCCACACACAGUACACAAUCCCUCCAGUCUGCAUGGGAGAUAAUUGAGUAAAGUACAGUAUGUAACACAAUUAUCUCCAGGCAGAAAAACACACAUUUUUUUAUAAAGUACCAUAAGUACCCCAAAACACAACAUAUCCCCAUCAAUGUUACAUCCCCUGAUCUGGGUGACCAACAUAUCCAAAAAUCCCCCAGAUUCAGAAAGUUUAUGGAAGUCAUAUUUUUGCCCAGGUGCAGGCAUGGUCCCAUGCCCAAAACAGUUCCAUGGAAUCGCGGCUAAGUGUCGCUGGAGAACCGAUCGGGAAACACAAGGUUUUUGUGCCGAAAAUAGUUCCAUGGCAUCCGUGGCUUAGUCCCCCUGAAGUCUAUUCGCGGUUUUGGUCCAUGUGAACAAGAUGGCCGCCACCUCAUGGUCGUCUGUAGGAAUUGCGGCCACCCAGGCGAACACUUAGACCACAGAGGUGGGAAUUGCAACCAUGUAUCAAUUAAGCUUAAUAAGCUCCAGGACGGUCUCCAGUUCAUGCAGCUGUUCGGUAAACAAUCCAUAUAGUCCCAAUUGCACGAACAGAGCCUGUUAUAAGACCAAGAGGCACAAUUGGUGUUUGAACACGGGUCAUAGUCACAGGGUAGGAGGCUGGCAAACAGGCCACUCCAAAAGCCAGUGGCGAGGUCACUUUCGCCACAAUUUACCAAAGUAUUCUGUAAAGUGACAUUCUGACAUUAUUUUCAUAUUAUAGCGUGCCUCAUAUAUCACCUGGUUAGAGGAGAGGUAACAUCACUGAAGACAAACAUGGAAACUGUAAUUUGAAAAAAAGGAGAAUUUUGAGCACACCCAUAACGUGCAUUUCUCAGUAUUGGUGCAAAGAGACCAAAAAUAUAUAACAAUACAGAUUAAGGAACAGUGUACACACAUAAAUAAAUACAGUUUCAAAUUUUACAAGGUUACUUAAAAUCAACUAUCUUGGCAAAUGAGAAUUCAGUUCUACCAUAUGGCUAAUCUCACGAAUACAUCACAGUACCCCAAUAUCGGUGGCUAAUACACUAAUUUUAACAUGGGAAAUAUACAUGUGAACUGCAAUGCAUACUGCUAGAAUUGUUUCCAAGGACUCUAUUCAUCUUAUGCUUUCCUACGGUCACCCUCAAAUGGGUACCUAAAGUAGAUGGGUGGGCUGCUUAGUUCAAAAUGAAUCUGGUCUGUAUUCCAACUAUACAUUAAAAGAGAGAAUUUGUGGAACACCCAGAACAUGCCUUUAAAUGUAGUUGUGCUGCCAUAAAGACCAAAAACCUCUGGAACACCUCAUUAGAAAGUGUCCUUGGGCACCUACCUCAACUCCUGAUAGAGUGUAAGCUUCUUUUCUGUGAAAUAUGCUAUAUAAAUGCUCAUAUUAUUAUUUAUUAAAGUAAUGGUUCUCAAUAUAAUAAAUUCUGCAAGUUUUCUCAGAAAUUUCUAUUUCAGAAGGCUAGCAUAUUCAGAGCAGUUAUAAAAUUAAAAGUGAAACUGAACAUUUCUGUAUUAUAAAAAUGUUGGAAAGUUUUAUAAAUCUUUUAAGCCCUCAAAAAAGCAACAGAUGAAAAAGAAAAGCCAACAGAUUUCACACAUUGUACCAAAAAUCUGGGGCACUUUGAUAAAUCGAUAACAAGUCCAUUAACAAAAAAAAAAACAGACACUUAGAUCUAAAUGGUUACAAGGGUCAGGCUAAAAACUACUGGCUAAAAGGCGCACUUGAAAACACAUAUAUAUAUAUAUAUAGUGUUUACAGUCCCCAAAACCCACUGUUCUACCCUGGGAAGAGCGAGGGAAACAAGUGCUUAGCAUUAGAAAGCAGCUUUAAAUAUAGCUAUAGCUCGAUAGUCCUAAAAAACAGACUGCCAGGAAAAAUAUUAAAAAGGUAUCUCCACUAAACAACUGCUUUGGACCAAGUGGAAAUACAGGUCCUAGAGAGAGCUCUCGAUGUAGGCACAGUGUAGCUUGGAGGUAAAAAUGUAUAAGGGUGAAAGAGUAAAUGGUACCGGUAUUAAUUCCAUCAUUCUCAUAAUAGAUACUCCGUUUGACCCAGUCCAUCUGCUGGGACAAGCUGUUUCCAAUGUCAUCUGCUCUGUGGUCUUUGGAGAGAGAUUUGACUACGAAGAUGAGAAUUUCAAAACCCUUCUAUCAAAUAUUAGAGAAAUCUUCAGAUUGAUGAAUUCGAAGAUUGGACAGGUGAUAUCUGUCACAUUGGGGACAUUGGAGAAAUUGUUGUUGCUUUCUUGUUAGUGAUAUGCAAAUGUUUAAUCAAAAAGUAAAACAGAUAACAAUCAGUGCCUUUCAACGAUAUUUUUGGGGACCGAGAUGAACUAACAGCAUAUACCUUAAAAAAAAACAAAAUAAACAAUAAAAAGGGUUUUAUUGAGCUAAUUGCACAACCUCCCAAUAUAUUCUUCAACAAAUGCAAAACUAAAAGGAUGUAAAAAAAACAAAACAAAACAAUGUAAUAAAGCUUUAAAUAGCACUUCCAAGCAUAGUACAUAUUCCAUUCAGCCACUGCAAGCUCAUUUUUUUUUCUUCUUCAUUUUCUUCUUACAAAAUAAGCAAUUCUGUUACAGAUCCUUCAAAUAUUCCCAAAUGUGCUCAGACACAUCCCUGGUCCACACCAGGGACUCUUUACCAAUUUUGACAAACUACGACAGUUUGUGAAGGGCAUGGUGCAAUCUCAUCGAGAGACACUGGACACAAACUGCCCACGUGACUUCAUAGACAGCUUCCUGAUAAGGAUGGAGGAGGUAAUAUCAUAAAAUGCAUGAAUUGUGCAAAUCUAGGAAUAAUGAAGCAAGUAGAUGUUUAACAAAAAGUUUGAAUUAUGUCCCAGGAAAAAAAUAAUCACAAUACAGAAUUUCAUGAGGAGAAUUUACUGGGAACGAUUAGAGAUUUGUUCUUUGCUGGGACGGAAACUUCAAGCGUGACUCUGCGAUAUGCAUUCCUAAUUCUUCUCAAGUAUCCAGAGAUACAAGGUACCAUUACCAGGGACGUUUUAGCCAUGAGGCAAACAAGGCAUUUGCCUUGGGCGACAUUUUCUAGGGGGCGGCAAAAAAAAGCCGCCCCAAAUGCCCAGGGCAAAUGACUUGUUAGCCUUGCGCCUAUCUGACAUUCCAGAUGGGCUGCUGGGCGGGCGGCACUGGUGGGUGGGCGGGUGGCUGGCGAGAGAGCACUUCCUCUGAGCUGUCUGCUCAGCUCCCUAGCGCGCCGCCCGCAGAGUGAGGCUGGGAGCCGGAAUAUGACAUCAGACAGCUCAGAGGAAGUGCUCCCUCGCCAGCCGCCUGCCCGCCAGCGCCACCCGCCCAGCAGCCACUGGACCCCCAGGGAGAAAGAGAACCCCCCCCAGCAUUCCCAAAGGAAAGGAGAUUGGAGGGGGUUAAAUAAAAAAAAUAUGUUGAUGUGAGUGAGUGUGUCUGUUAGUGUGUGUGUGUCUGUUAGUGUGUGUCUGUUAGUGUGUUUGCCUGUUAGUGUGUCUGUUAGUGAGUGAGUGUGUGUCUGUUAGUGAGUGUGUCUGUUAGUGUGUGUGUGUGUGUCUGACUGUGUGUGUGUGUGUGUUUGCCUGUGAGGGUGUGUGUGUGUCCAUUAGUGAGUGUGUGUGUUUGCUAGUGAGUGUGUGUUUUUCUGUUAACGAGUGUGUGUUUCUGUUAGCUAGUGUAUGUGUAUCUGUCAGUGAAUGUGUGUGUGUGUAUUUAGAAGGCGGGGUGGAGGGGAAAGGGUUGGGUGGGAGUGGCACGGGGGGGGGAGGGGAGCAGCACAAAACAUGGAUACACCACUGACCAUUACGAUUAAUACCACUGCCUGUGAUAUAUAUAUAUAUAUAUAUAUAUGUAUAUAUAUAUAUAUAUAUAUAAAAACACUCUGUUUGUGGAACUGAGUGCUCAUCAGCCCACACAAUGUUAACUUCAUAAUCAGGAUAUACACAGUGGAAAAAUCCACAUUGGAAAUAAAUUAAAUUGGUAAAAUAUUGCAAAGUUUAAGUGGGGGUAUAGGUAAGAACACUUUAAUCUUUAAUGCAUACUCUUAUUUCCUUUUGUAUUUCAAUUCAGAGAAAAUCUACCGGGAGAUUGAUGAUAUAAUAGGUCUAGAUCGAUGCCCAUCAGUGGAAGACAGGAGUAAGAUGCCGUAUACUGAUGCUGUAAUUCAUGAAAUUCAACGAUUUGCUGACAUUAUUCCUCUUGGGCUUGUCCAUGCAACCACCAAAGAUAUAACCUUCAAGGGAUACGAUAUUCAGAAGGUUUAGUCUUCAAUAUCAAAUUGUUUUUGUAAAAAUACAUGUGAACAUUUUAUUCAUAGCUGGUAUUUUUAGCUAUGUAUAAAAACACUUUAUGUCUAUGUCAGUAAAUAACUCAUUAAUUGUUUGUCACUACUGAUACACUGCAGGACAUAAAUAUGUUUCCUUUCUAUGACCUUUAAACCAAGUCAAUUGAAAUAGGGCAGUCAGCAUGAUGAGGGAUUGACACAUAAACAUGUUAAAUUGUGCUAUGCUAUGAGUGAAUGUCUGCCCUUAAAGAUAUGGUUUUAAAUUUGAUGCUUUGGCGCAGAAUAAAAACCCACUGACAAUGUAUUUGAAUUAUUUUAGGGCACUUUGGUUUUGCUAGUUCUGACUUCAGUUCUAAAGGAUCCAAAAUACUUUAAAAACCCUCUACAAUUCGACCCUGGUCAUUUUCUGGACGAGAAUGGCUGCUUUAAGAAGAAUGAUGCCUUCAUGCCAUUUUCCGCAGGUGAUAAUAUUAAUAUUCAGUUUUAUGGAAUUUUAGAGAGUUUCAGCAAUGACUAACAUGUCUUUCUUCUCAAUCGUGUGCUCUCUCUGUCUUCAGGUAAACGUGCGUGUGUUGGGGAGGGUUUGGCCCGCAUGGAGCUUUUCCUCUUUUUCACGACCAUCUUGCAAAAUUUCAUUCUUAAACCAACAGUGGAUAAAGAAGACAUUGAAAUCACUCCUGAGCCAAACACCAACGGCUCAAGACCUCGUGCUUACCAAAUGUAUGCUGUCCCUCGUUCUGAAUCCUAA